CCUCUUUUUCCUUUUGCGCGCAUGCGCGGGGGCUCGUCUCGAGCGCCGCCGCCGCCGCCUGGGUUGUUCUAGCGGUAUGAGUGGCAGGCGAGUCGGGCGCGCCUCUUUCCCUCCGUCAGGCGCGAAGAGGGGCGGGACGUGCCUCCUCUCCCUGCCCGCUGAUUGGCCUUCAGUCUCGCUCUUCGCCCUCCCCCUCCCUGUCCGUCCGUCAGGCGCGAGGCAGGGGCGGGACGUGCCUCCUCUCCCUGCCCUCUGAUUGGCCUCCGCGCUCGCUCUUCACCUCCCUCCCUCCCUCCGCCCGGGCUCGCUCCCUCGCCAAGCGAAUAACAAGCUGAGGGGAGGGAGCCGGGGAAGAGGCGGCGCCGGCGAGCCUGAGGGAGGAGAGGCAAGGCCGCAGGCGGGGCCGGGAUUGCCUCAGCGGGCGCAGAGGGCGACGUUGCGUCGUGGCUGCCUGGCUGGCUGGCGGAGGGACUGACGGCCGCCCGUCGCCGGAGAAGAGAAGAGCCCCGAGCCCCGCCGGCCGCUCCCUCCCUUCGCCGUCGCCUUUCCGUGAGGGGAGAAGAAGGAGCAGGAAAGACCCGCCGCGGGGGGAAGAGCGGGCGAGCGAGGGGGGCGAGAAGCAGCGGCGGCGGCCUCCCUUCCCUCCCCCGCCCCCUCACCCCCUCCAGCCCCCUCGCCCCUUCUCCGCCCCCGAGGGAGCCCAGCCAGGGGAGCCCCAGGACGGGCGGCGGCUCCUCCCUCCUCCUCCUCUUCCAGCUUCCCCACCUUCCUCCUCCUCCUCCUCCUCUUCCUCAUCAUGUCGGCGGGCGGAGACUUCGGCAACCCUCUGCGGAAAUUCAAGCUGGUCUUCCUCGGGGAGCAGAGCGGUGAGUCAGGCCCCGAUCCUAGCCGGGUGGGGGGCUGGGGCUGGGGGAUCAACGGUGAGACACCCCCCCCCCCAAAUCUCCUACCUGGCUGCCUCCUAUUUCACCCCACACCGCGCCGCAUCAUUCCCCCCCCCCCCCGGCCAGUCCUGUUGGACCCGAUCCAGGCUCAGGCGGAGACCUCGGAUCGCUCCCCGCCGCCGCCGCCGCCCUCCUCCUCCUUUCCUGCCCCCCUUCAUCGUGGGUGCGGCUGGAUCUUUUCCUCCCUCGGGAUUUUGACGCCCCCGAUUUUGGCUCUAUAUUCUGGGUGGAAAGGGAAAGAGAGGGAGGGAAUAUCCUCCCCCCCCCGCCGCCUCUUGAAUCCCUUGGGGGCCAAGACCCCCUCCAAAAAACAACAACACCCCCCCCUCCCCAGAAACAGCCAUCUUCCCCCUCUUGCUUGUACGUUGCUUGCAUAUUCCUAAGCAACUUCCCCUCCCUCGGAUCGAGGCCCCCAAGCCAGCAGCCCAAAUCCCUGCUUCCCACCUUCUUCCUGUCGUGGUGGGGAAGAUGGCUUUGGUGCAGAUGGAGGGAGUCAUUCAACCCAUGCACGGAUCUCUCCAGGCCUGAAGCUUGGAUAGCCUGUCUGGUGCUCUCUCUAGCAUGGCCAGGUGCUUAAAGCGGGUGACACUUGUCUUUUUCUGUGCCUCUGUUAUCCAGCACCUCCUUCCCUGCUGCCACUCCUGGUUGUUGUUGUUGUUGUCGUCGAGACCUUGAUUUUCUCCUUUUUCCUCUCCGUAUUCUGCCGAAGGAAAGGGUCACUAAAGGGGAGCCUUCCUGUUUCUAAUCUCUAGGAACGAACAGGGCCACCUAAAUCUUCUCCUUCCAUUCCAGUGUAGAAGAAACCAGAGCCCAUUGAAAUGUUAUCUCUCCUUGAUUGCACUGGGUUCCUCAUAUUCUUUGUAUAUCUCUCUACCCCUUUCCCUGCCAGGAAUAGAUAACAAAAAUGCAAAAAAUAAAAAUAGUACCCUAUGGAAAUCUCCAAUAUUUCAGCUGUUCCUAGGCAUGAGAUAAUUCAUUUUGAACUUCGAGGCUCAAAAGCCCCCCCUGCUGUUGUUCCUCAGAUGGGGAAAUGUGAGGGUUUAUAAUGUGUGUACCUGCUUUCAAGUCUGUGUGAGGUCCUGAAUCUGAUAAAGGAGUAAGGAUGGUAGGAAUUCCUGUUCAUUAAGGGUUGUGUGCAAAUUGCUUUUUGGACCGCUAUUUUCCCCCUCAAUGACAACCCUGAUCCUUUGACAAUAUUCUAAGUAUUGAAUUCCACACUAGGCGAUUGACUUUUGUAAGCUUCUGUAAUAAUUGAGACCUUUCCCACUGCUUAAUCCCUGACUAGAUAAUUUUUUGGAACAAGCAAUUCAUGGUUUUCAGAUGUGGGCUUGGCAGAGUGGUUUGGUCCUGGUAUGGUACAUGCUCCAUUUAGUAGAAGAAAAAAAUAGUGGUCUUGGGGAAAGAGAAAAGCUUCAAGUAGAAUAAAAGAUUUAGAUAAUAGCAUAUUAAGCCUUUUAUUUUUAAAGAAACCACAACCUUGCUGAUUGAUGCAUUCUCAGUUUCUGUGGCUUUACUGGAUGUGGAAUGAGGUGAGAAGGCGGGCAAUUCUGUUUAAUACAUGUUUUCACAAUUAAAUGCGGUUUCCUCACAGAAAAACAACCUAAUCCAAUGAUUCUAGUAGUCUAGACAUUUACCAUAGUAAAUCUUCCUUCUUUUCACUUACUCUUGCUUUAUCUACAUGCCCACUUGCUUCUUAGGAGACUAGGCUUUGGUUUCCCCCAACAAUUUGCAGUUGGUUAUUUUAGUCUAGAAGACAGUGACCAUAGUUAAGUCAUGGCAUAUCUAGAUAGCAGAGCUGAGGGAGGUAGUCUUACACCAUGGAGCGCUGGUAUCAGCAAAUUAAACUGGAUAAAAUGAAAAGCGGUCUGAUGUCAAUAUAAAGCACCUUUUUAUGUACAAACACUUUCAUUGGCCAUUAUCUGGAUAUGCAAUUUUGGCUUCCCAUCAAAGAGAUCGCAAUACUGUGCACAUUCACCAGGGAGUAAGUCCUUGAAUUCAGUGGGGCAAUAAAACAUGUCUCUCCCGUAUCAGUCUCUACAGCCAUAGCAGGCGCUGUAACUCUUCUAUGGUUUGACUUUAUCCUGGAAGCCAAAGGUACACUCUUCCAUUGUCUCUCGAGACAGAUGGAUGCCAGCAAACUUCAGAAUAGGCAUUAUAGGAUUGCACGGUCAGUCGAAUGAGAACUUGUAACCACUGUUGGUAUUGAGAGGGCGAUUCCAAUUUUUUAAUAUAUCUAUAUGUUAUUCAGAACAUUGAAUAAUAACAUAUAAAUAUAUAAUUGAAAAUUAUCCCCUUUUGUCAUCCUUGUAAUCUUUUCAUCUGUCUUCUGCUUUAGAAAUGAUGGUAAGGAAAUUAAUCCAUAUCUGAGGGUGUUUUUUAGUGUUUCUGUAUAGAGGUGGUGCAUUUGGGGGCAAUAGCAUGCCCAUGCUAAAGGUCACGUAGGUCUGAGCAAUCAAGGAGCUUUUUGCUAGUAUUUAAAGAUGGUUGUUUGUGCCAAGAAACUAUUGAUAAAAUGAAGGCAAAGUGUUGGCCUCGGGCCUUUUGGAUAUAGCUGUUUGAUAUAAUGUGAUGCAUAAAUCUGAAUAAAGCCUUUGGGAUUGGCAUCUCAGAAAUACUUUUAGUAGUUUCUCCCCCACCUUAGUAGAAUUCUUCUCACACCAAAAACUUCUUGUAUAUUUCAUGUAAAUUGAUAGGUUGAUCCACAUGGUGCAGUGGCCAAGGUGGUAUAAAGAUGGCUGACCUAGAUAUUGAACAUAUCUGUGUAGGCUGAAAACAAUGUUUGUGAAAUUUGCAGUGAAAUUGGUACAACUCUGAAGUGAUGGAUAUGUUUUGUAAAGCAAUGUAGGGUGUACAGUAUCUUCUGUUUAAAUUUUGCUCUCAUAACACACACACAUAUAUAUAUACAGAGAGAGAGUAUACACACACUCUCAGUCCUAACAACCUUGUGACUUGGAUUAGGCUGAGAGAGCAAGACUAAACCAAGGUCACCCAGUGAGCUUUGUGGCUAAGGGGGCGAUUAGAAUCCAGAUCCUCUGGGUCUGAGUUUAAUGUGCUAACCACUACUUCACCCUGGUUACCGUAUGUUACUCAUUCUUCUGUGCUGCGUUGAUUGUAUUUUAUGUAGAAAAAUGGAAUAGCUUUGAUUAAUGGAAGCUGUAAUUUUGCUAUUUAACCUUUCUUUAGUUCAUUAUUUAUGUAGCAAAAUUACAUGUUGAGACGGUAAGAACUCCCAUAUGGCUUGUAUAGUCUGUAUAAGAUGCUGUAUAAAAGUAUGCGAGCAGAUGACGUAAUCCAACUACUUUGCAGGCUUUAGAAGAUUUAGUCUAGAAUCGUCUUUCUAACUGGUCAGCUGGAUGCAUCCAAGAUGCUCACAAGCAGGGUAAUAACCCUCACACUGAAUCCCCAUCUACUGGUAAGCAGUGGCAUAUCGUUCAGGAGGUUCUCGUUUGGUUUCUAAGUGGUAAGCAUCUGUCAGGAUUUUUUCUAUUAAAAACAGAAAGAAAUGGUUUCCGUUUCAUGCUUUAGUUAAUUUUGCAUUGUCAGACAGAAGUCAUAUGCUCCUGCUACACCUAGGAGAGUGGAAUACUGUUCUUUUAGUGGUCUGUUUGCCAUUUUCUGAAGCAUCUGACAGGUUAUUAGGAGUUACUGUAAAUCAGCAUGCCAAGGCUCUGAUCUGGCCUCUUGUGCAGGCUGCAUAAAUCUUCCCUUUAACUAUGUGUUUCUGAUUCUUAAUUAAGUUUGUUAAAGCCCCAAAUGCCUGCACAGAGAUACCAUGUGAUCAAGGAUGCUGCCUGAGAUUGGAUGCUCUGCAGCAAUUCUAUUUUUACAUAUGCUUCAAAAAUAGAAGUGUGUUCUAGUUGGAGAUGCAAGUUGAAUCUGCUCUAAAUAAUAUUGUGGCUUUUCUAUCUCCCAGUCUAUAUCUGCUUGGACUGUGGUUAUUUCUUAAGCUACAGCUUCUGAUUGAACCACAUUGUUGCAUUCCUUUUCUUAACAUUUUUGCUAUAUCAACACAUAUGAAUACUGUAUGCUUAAGACUAAAAAUGUCCAUACUGGUGUAUUUUUUUCUUGAAACGAAAGGUGGUAUAUAAUUUAUAUAAAUAAAUAAUGGGGUCUUAAUGAUUUUUCAGUUUGUUAGCCCAGUCCAGCUACUGUUGUUGUUCUGGUUACGAUAGCAGUUUGAGACUGACUGCCAGUGUAUAAUCUUUAAUACACUAUAUAAAGUUGUUUGGAAUAAUGUGUGGCUUAUUCUUGAUGCAAUGGGCAGAUUCAGUUUUGAGACUAACUAGAUGUAGCCUCCACGGAAAUUUUUAAAUAUAAAGACAGGAUAUAAAUGCUUAAAAUAAAUUGAGGCCUUUUUGCUUUACCAACUGCAGAUAAUGAGUUAAAAAGUUAGCUCUUUGGGGAAAGAACCUAAUUCCUAAUGAAUAGUUUUUUAAAGAACAGUUGCGUACAUUGGCAAUCUUUGGUUAAAAAAAAUUAGUUGAAACUUUUCAUCCUGCCUAUGUGGGGAGGAGAGUGGGGAGGACAGUUGACUUACUCUAUCCACUUCCACGUGGAAUCUUUGCAGGUGUGAAUACCAGGAGGAGGUGGGGUGACUGGAAAAAAGGAAACCCUCUAACCUGGAUUUCAAGCUCCCAAUGCCACCUGUCACUGCCAACAUUUGCUUGGAAGUCAGGUUACAGGUAUAAACUGUGAAAGUUUCAAUCCUUUCCGGUGAUGUAGUUGCUCAAAGGUCAACGAGGCAGCUGAGAUCUGUAGAUGAUAUUGCAGAACCAACAGCUCCUGUCCUGCAGGAAUUGUUGAAAAGGGUGUACUUGCUGUUUGUUUCCCACUUUAAUCCAGUAGAUUAGAAUAGUCUUCCCUGAUGAGUUAAUUGAUUAGUGUUUAGAUCAUGAGAAUGCUGUUGGAAAUUUAUGGUAAUCUUGCAAGAGAAAGCAAGAAGAAAGUCUACUGGUGUUGGAUCUGUUGCAGCAAAAAAUACAAAACAGUGCCCUUGGAAGACACAAAACAGCUUCCCUUCUUCCACUUUUGGCCCAGACUGAAAAGGAAGCAAGUAGCAGGCUGUUUGCUUCCUUUCAUCUUAACAUACAGCCCUUGGUGGUUGUCAGCAGCAUUCAGUCUCCUCCUGAAGUUUUCUUUCACCAUGAGGCUACUGCAGAUGUGCAGCCUUCAUCUUCUGCUGGCUUUGGGGGCAUAAAGGGGUUGAUUUGCUCCCCCAAUAUCUUGCUGUAUGGUUAUGGUGGUGUUUCCACAAGCUAGCAAGACCCUUAGUGAGUAAAUUGCAUUUAGAGAGUUAAGAACUAUCUAAUGUAAGUAUUGCUAGGGACAGGGGUGGCACCGUGGUCUAAAUCACUGAGCCUAGGGCUUGCCGAUCGGAAGGUCGGCGGUUCGAAUCCCCGCGGCGGGGUGAGCUCCCGUUGUUCAGUCCCAGCUCCUGCCCACCUAGCAGUUUGAAAGUACAUCAAAGUGCAAGUACAGUGGUACCUCGGGUUACAUACGCUUCAGGUUACAUACGCUUCAGGUUACAGACUCCGCUAACCCAGAAAUAGUACCUCGGGUUAAGAACUUUGCUUCAGGAUGAGAAUAGAAAUCGUGCUCCGGCGGCGUAGUUAAAGUGGUGCUUCAGGUUAAGAACAGUUUCAGGUUAAGAAUGGACCUCCGGAACAAAUUAAGUUCUUAACCCGAGGUACCACUGUAGAUAAAUAGGUACCGCUCCGGCAGGAAGGUAAACGGCGUUUCUGUGUGCUGCUCCUGUUCGCCAGAAGCAGCUUAGUCAUGCUGGCCACAUGACCCGGAAGCUGUCUGCGGACAAACACCGGCUCCCUCGGCCUAUAGAGCGAGAUGAGCACCGCAACCCCAGAGUCGUCUGCGACUGGACCCAACGGUCAGGGGUACCUUUACCUUUAAUGUAAGUAUUGCAUGUGUGGAUACUAUACACUGUUGCUUUAUGCAACCUUAAAAAACCACACAAACACACACACCAGUGACUCAGUGCCUAUUUAAUAAAUAAUUUGGGAAUGGUAUGGCACAAGCUUUAUUGGGACUGGAAUAAAAACAAUAUCCCCACCCCCAGUUUAAAAGGACAUUGAUUGUUUAAUUAGCCAAAGGCCUGAGAGAAGGGGGAUUAUUUUGCCUGGCUCUUAAAGAUAUGUGACAAAGGCACUGAGGGAGCCUCUCUGGGGAGAGCAUCCCACAAACAUUUAAAAUGCUUUGACCCCAACAUAUCUAAUAGAUCUUCUAAGCUGAUUCCCAACUGUUGUUUGUUUGGUUGUUUUUGGUAUUGCUGAGUAAUUGCAUCAUAUUGAUUAAACAUGUGCGUUUGUGUGUAUGGUUAUACAAAGGGAUUGUACACUGUUGUGGUUAUCUUCAUAGCAAUUCCACCGUGUGAUUCAAAUAGGAUAAGUUUGCAUUAGUUACUGCUUCUUGAGAUCAUGUGGUGUGCUAGGAUAUUGCUAGGAUAUUUGAUAGUAUCUGGGAACAAGAUUUUUUUGGUGUGUGUGUGUGUGUGUGUGUGUGGAGGAACACCAACAUUAUGGGCUGAAAUAGAUAUUUAGGUUUGUGGAAACAAAAUUAGAAUUUGUAGAAAUGAACAAUGUAAUUCUAUCAGUAUCUGGAUGGAUAAUUAAAAUCUUAAGCAUUCUUCUAGAAAUAACCUGCCUUAAAAUGAUAUCUGAUUUGGUACCAAUAAACUGGUUGGUCCAAAAAACUCCCAUCCUGCUGAGAUAGCUCAGUCAGUAGAGCAUGAGACUCUUAAUCUCAGGGUCAUGGGUCUCAAGUCAGGCAAAAGAUCCAUGUAUUGCAGGGGAUUGGACUAGAUGAGUCUCAUAGUCCCUUCCAUCUAUGCAAUUCUGUGAUUCUAUGCCUUGUGUGUUACAGGAGCAAGAUUUGGGCUCAUGUGCUUAGAUUUUGCAGCAAACCAGAAGUUGCUGGUUCAGAUGUUUAACUGCUUGCUGUAGAGUUUGCUGCAAAAUCAGAAGUUGAAGGGACAGUGUGCAAGCCCACCUUCGAUGGGCAGCAGGGCCUAUAUGGGAGCAGAUAUCCAGGCCAUGAGUUUCAUAGCUCUGUAUGCCAGCAACAGCAUAUCAGAUUGGGGACAUUAGCAAAUAGGCACCAAUGGUUAAAUGACAUGGAAGAGGCCCCUUUAAAACUGGUCACAUUCUUUUUUGAUAACUGAAACAAUCUGGGAAGCCACCCAGAGUGGCUGGGGUAGCCUAGUCAGAUGGGUGGCAUGUAAGUAAGUAAGUAAAUAUCGUCAUCAUUCCUCCUUAGUCUGUUUAGUUCCUUCAGCUUUUUCUCAUGUAACUCUAAGCUUUGUUUUAUUAUUUGAGUUUUAGCGUUCACAUUUUAAAAACUUGGAUUUUUGUUUUCCCAGAAUUGGUUUGUGCACCCCCAUUAAAACCCACCCUUAGAUCUAAGGACAGCUGAAAGGAUCAAAUGGCUAAGGGUUGCCUCAAGGCAAAGAAUCCCAUUGACUUAUGCCAUUCAGACUUUGAUCAUGCUCAUGAGUGUGCUAGUCACUUGCAUUGAAUCAUUUUCUGUGUCAGCACCUCUUAUCUACCUUCUUCUAGCACAUUUCUUCGAGUUAGUAUGAGUGACAAACGCACAUUAAUCUGUGUUUAUGGUACUGUCAUAAAGCACCCACGCGGGUGGCGCUGUGGGUAAAACCUCAGCGCCUAGGGCUUGCCGAUCGCAUGGUCGGCGGUUCGAAUCCCCGCGGCGGGGUGAGCUCCCGUCCUUCGGUCCCUGCUCCUGCCCACCUAUCAGUUUGAAAGCACGUCAAAGUGCAAGUAGAUAAAUAGGUACCGCUCCGGCGGGAAGGUAAACGGCGUUUCCGUGCGCUGCUCUGGUGCUGGCUCGCCAGAGCAGCUUCGUCAUGCUGGCCACGUGACCCAGAAGUGUCUCCGGACAGCGCUGGCCCCCGGCCUCUUGAGUGAGAUGGGCGCACAACCCUAGAGUCGGACACGACUGGCCCGUACGGGCAGGGGUACCUUUACCUUUACAUAAAGCCUCUUUUGUUAUCAUUGACCAUAUCAUAUGAAAACAUUUUAAAGGUACUUGAGGACACAAAUUGGAACUUCAGGAUUCUUGUUCAGGGAAGAUAAUUUGAAGAAUCAUAAAGUUGGAAAGGACCCUGAGGAUCAUCUGCUCCAACUUUUUUUUCUAGAUCACUUACUGCUGCCUCGGAGUAUGUAGAUGAGUGAGACUGUAUCUUUUGUAUAAUUGUAAAUUGUUUAGGAUUUGGGCAGCUAUGGCUAGAGGACUGUAUGUGUUUUGCAUUUACCCAAGAUUUCAUAUGCAUCUUAUUUUAAAAAAAUUCUAGACAACUUUCUAUUAAAAACAAACUUUAGAGCACAUUACAGCAAUAAAACAUAUAUUCAAACCCUUUCUCUGUGUAUAAUGGUAAAAAAUUCCAGCCUGUAAUAUCCAGUAUUAAUGAUUGGGAAAUGCCUGAGCAGAGAGAGGUUAUCAAUAAAUGCUGGAAGCAUUCUACUGCCUCUCAUAAAUGGGGGCAGAGUAUUCCAAAAUAUAGGUGCUACCAUGGAGAAGGCCAGUUUCUGCAUUGUCCCUAGAUGAAGUGGUGCAGCCAACAAGACUUCUCCAAAGACCUGAGCAGUUAAUAACAAGAACCUGGAUAUGACUUCAGUACCUUACAGGCAGCAUAUGCAGUUCCUUCAACACAAGUAAUAUCAGCACAGGCAGGGUUGCCAUACUGCCAGUUUUCUAAACUUUUUUUUUUUAACUCAGCAACUUUGGCAGAAAGAAAAAACCCCCAGCCCAACUGUCACUCCACUCAGUACCUUGGCUGCUGCAUUCUGUACCAGCUACAGCUUCCAAACCAGUCCUAAGGGUAGCCAUACAAAGAGCUCAUUAGAGGAGUUCAGGCCAUGAAUCACAGUUGGUCAAGCUGUUACUGUGUCAGAUUUUUUACAGGAGUGUAUUCAUCACCACCUCAAAAGUGGUGAGCUGCACUCCACGCCAUAAAAAUGCAUUAACCACUCCCACACGCCUGCUCAGCCGUUGCCCCCUAUGACUUGAGUAAGCCAUGACAGGCAAAUAUUGAAAUGAUAGGAUGUAGGCAGGACAGCUGCAAGUCCUCAGGCCACAAAAACGAGCUGAUUCCACAAAAAUGGGAUAAAAUGGUGCAUUGGACACAUGGCUUGACACUGCACUAAUGACAGUAUUCAAGCUGGCGUGAAGGUGAGCAAUUUCAUCCUCAAAAUACCUAGCAAAAUUGUCUCAGUAGGCAAUUAACCAUUCACAGGGGUAGAUGUCAACAAGCCCUGCACCACUCCGGAUAGCUCUGCUGACAGGCUAUUUCAGGAGGCAACAGAGACAGUAAAGUAGUCCUUCUCUGCCUUUACUGCUAGGUAGGUAAAAUUAUGCAUUCUGAACACAUUGGGUCAGUCGCACAUUGAGUCUUAAUGCCUUUUGUGUUCUAAUAGUAGUCUGGCUUGUUUCAUUGCCUAGAGCUGCUUAGAGAAUCAGGGGCAUGCUGGGCUCCAUAGCACUGGAGAGGGAACCCAGAAGUGAUAUUGUUGAUAGUCAUUUGUGAUUUACCGUUCCAUAGCGAGACUAAACCUCAACAGAAUCACCGACUUCAGCUACCCCAAAAUUAUCUAGACUAUCCUAGGAAUCCAGUGGUGACCAUCCUAAUGGAUCUCCUAGCAUACAAGGGUUGUUGAGGCAACGUGCUGUAAGACCAAACUUCACCUGGUAGCGGUGCGAUCAUGAUAAUAACAAGGUGAUUUUCUCCACUCAAAUAUCCAGACCAUCCCCUCACAUCACAAGGCAAAGACUUCAAUUGAGCAUAAUGCCUUGCUCUGUGCAAAUUGAGACAGCCCCAUGGUGUACAAGAUGCAUUGUAUUCAGUCAGGCCUUUGGUCCUUCUAGACCAGUGUUGGGUACCCUGACAGCAAUACUGUGUACCCUGGAAGCAGAUUCCCAGGAUUUAAGGCAGAGAACAUACACCAUACAAACAAGUGGCACCCUUGUAGCACAUGAUCCUUCUAACCUAGAGAUGUUGGGAAUUGCGCUUGGGAUCUUCUGUCUAUAAAGGUCUGUAACUGAGCUGUAGGCCUUUUUCUGUGCAUUUCAUUUUGAGUUUUUGGGUUAGGCAACUCAGCUGCAUCUUGCAUUAGUCUAAUAACAUUUGUAUAAUACAAAGAUCUGAAACACUAUCCUGCUGUGAUAAACUGCUAUUCCUUAGCUAUCAGCAAAUACCUAAAUGCUUGUGGAUUGUUGAGCAGGAUUUUUACAGAUUAGAUAAUCCUUCCUUUUGAGCAAGCAUGCUUAAGUGACAAAACAAUCUGCUGUUUUGAAGUAGGCUUACAAUGUGUACGUGGUGUGUUUGUGAUAUGUAUAUGGGUGUUCAAUGGGUUCUUGCCCUUUUACUGUUGGUACAGGUAUGUUCAAUGAACAGAGAAACUGUCUUUAUAUUGCCACAACCAGUCACUUCUCCACACAUGAGACCUUGACUGCUUUAAAAAAAAUUGAAUUUAAAUAAUAAUGUACAUACACCGAUCAACUGGAGAGGGGUUUCCAAAAAUGUUGACUCGCUCUUAUUCUGCAAUCUCAUAUCAGCUCUCUUCUAGCAUCUUGCUGAUGUUGUUGUUGUUUAGUCGUUUAGUCGUGUCUGACUCUUCGUGACCCCAUGGACCAGAGCACGCCAGGCACUCCUGUCUUCCACUGCCUCCCGCAGUUUGGUCAGACUCAUGCUGGUAGCUUCGAGAACACUGUCCAACCAUCUCAUCCUCUGUUGUCCCCUUCUCCUUGUGCCCUCCAUCUUUCCCAACAUCAGGGUCUUUUCCAGGGAGUCUUCUCUUCUCAUGAAACAGCUUCAUAGAUCUGACCUUAAUUAGCAUCAUAUAGUUCCCUGAUGUGCCUUCUUUCUGAUUAGUUGCAGUUCAUGGAUCUCUUAACUUCUCACCCUUGGUGAAGAAAAGACUCUUGGCUCCAAUGCCUCUUCAACUGAUUACCAUUUUACAAUUGUCCCAUAAAAAAGCUUCCAAGCCCCCAAAGAAUGGUGUGGAAUCCUCCUCCCUUUCAGCUAUAGCUGCUUUACUUGCAUUGAUGAACAUAGCCUUUCCCAGUCUACAGCCUCAAUCCUUACCUAUACCAUUCCCUUCCCUUCCAUCCUUCGCCAUUGGGAAGCACACUGCUGAUCUUCCCAGGAAGUUAUUCACAUUGGUUGAAAAAAUCACUACAUGAAUCUGUAUGAUCCGACAACAGAACUGAUUUGCCGUUUGAGUGUAGUUACUAGUGAAUGUUUAUAGUGGCGGGUAGCUGUAGAAUUGGGAAGUCCCUUAUUUAAGAACUGUCAGUCUUUAGACAUAGUUGUGUCCAGGAUUAUUAAGGUCAUGGGUAUGUGGAAUUCAUUUUUUAAAGCCUGUUUUUUUAUUUCCCCUGUUGUACAAGUUUCUGAAAGUUUCAAAUUCUGACCUCUUGGGUCCAAAGAGGGCUGAUAUUCUGCGCAUUCAGGCAGACUUGGAAGACCACCUUGUUUGUAGUUCCACCUACCUUGACCUGUCUUCUGUGAAUUGUUCUUUUGUGAACUUGGAUUAAAGAAAUACAAUUGAAGAGUUCUAGGCGGUGCAUGCUGCAUAGAGGCAAUGGAAUCAUGUCCAGACAGAUCGUGAAUGGUGAGGUUGGAAGGGGGGAGGAUCCCCACAAUCCAAGGCUGGAUUCUGCUGCCCCUGCCUUAGUCUCAGCUACAAAAUACGUGUAACAUGGUAAGAGCAUUCUAAAGUUGGUACUGUUUAUGCAGCUGUGUCUUCAUUGUGCUAAUUACAGUGCUACUUGGAGAAAACACUAUUUAAACAUUCAAAGCACUUCAAACGCCUCCUUGGUAAUCCUUAUAACAAACGGAUAAGGUGGGCUGCUAAUGUUAAUGUACUGCAAAUGGCUGAGGCUAAGCAUGAGUAGCUCAGUUUAGGGACAGUGCUGCUCAUUCAACAAUUCAGUUUAUUGGUGUUGCAACAAAGCCACCUUUAGCACUUCUUUUCCCCAACCUCCUUGUGUUCCUGGUGAAUUCAUGUUUCCUGGGAGGCCAAAACUGUGAAACUAGCUAAAGUGCUGCCUCUAAUCCUGAUUUGUAAAUUAGCAUCCAACAGAUUUACAGAGAUUUAUCAAGCAGGGCAUUGUUCUUGCUUAAGACCACCUAGUAAGUGUAUGGCUGAUGUGACAUUUGAAUUACCAGCUUUCUGGCUCAGUUCAUUCUCUGUCCUGUGCAUGCUUCUUGUUAGCUGAUGUAGCUCCACCGUGGUACCUCGGUUUAAGAACAGUCUGGUUUCAGAACGAUUUGGUGUACAAACUCUGCAAAACCGGAAAUAGUGUCUUGGUUUGAGAACUUUACCUCGGUUUAAGAACGGAAUCCGAACAGUAGAAGGGCACCGGCAGCAGGAGGCCUCAUUAGGGAAAGUGUGCCUUGGUUUGAGAAAGAUUUUGGUUUAAGAACGGACUUCCGGGACGGAUUAAGUUCGUAAACCGAGGUACCACUGUACUUAGUUUUGGCCAUUUGCUUUGCCUGCUGAUACCAUUACUUGGUGUAUGUGGUCCAGUACUCGUAGUGCAGCCUCCUCCCAAUUACUGCAGGUACAGAAAGGACAGUUCUUUGCAUCCAGAAGUGUGUUCAGUGUGGAACUAUCAUUAUAGCCUAACUUGAUUUACUAGCAAGUAAAUCAUACUGCAUACACAGCUAUGGGUGGUAAUCAGAUGUCAGUAGGAAUGGCCUGCCGUAGUUAAUGUGUCCAUUAGUUUGAUAUUGCAGCGAAAGUCAUUAUGUUGUUAACCAUUGGCUCUUUGGGGAUGCAUGAGCUAUGAGACUUUAAAAGCAGGAACUACGUAGCUUUGUUUAAAAUAAGCUAGACAUUUUCCUAUAAAAACCUUGCGACUUUUAUGAGACUGUAGCAGACUGUCCUCAAUUUUGCUCACAAAUAUAAAGCUAAUUCACUUUAGGGACGAAGACUAUAGCUUUGAGUUAUUACCAUAUGUCACCCUUGUUUGGAAAUAGAAAAGUCACCAAAGCUCAAGGAUAUUAGUCUUCCUCCAGAUGAUGAUACUGCAGCGAUAUGACUCCUUACAGGCCAGUGGGGCAAGUCCAGUUAUCUGCAACUAUAUCUUCCCUAGAUUGGUAGUUGCUUGAUAGCUCCUUGGGCUGGUAAUUCUUGCAUGGCUCCCACUGUAAGUCAAAGCAGUGAGAGGGAAGUUACUUCCACUGCAAGGAAACCAGAGUAAAUCAUAAUGGGAUCUUGAUGGAUCUCCUGUAAUGUCUUGCACUACCUCAGUGCUUUGUUCUGGGGAGAGAGAGAGAGAGAGAAUGUGUGUGUAUGUCCCUUUCGCAGUGCUGUGUGAAUUCUAAGCAGUGGAGUUUCCUGUCAAAUUGGGUUGCUUGAGAGCAGCUCUAUUGCAAGUAUGCCUGUGAUCCAUGUUGUUCAUCCUCCUUCUUCAUUUGACAUCACCCACUUGCAGAUUUGGCAUGUAACUUCAUUACCCUUGACCUGUUGUGUAAUGUCUGGCAUGUGUUACAUUGUCAUAGGUUUCUAAAGUUAUAUUAAUGUGACACACUAAAGUGGGGGGCAUCAUAAAUGAUUAACUGGACCUCAAGGCCUUGAUGUGCCCUGCAGGUGGCUUAAGCGGUUGUGUUAGAUUUUUCUGAUUUGCAGAAAGUUUCCAUAAACAUGGCCACUUAAAGUAUUUAAUAUUGUCUUGGUAGUGUCUGAUAUCUGAAGAUGCGCUUAAAUGGAAGGCCAGUAUUUUCUCUUGUGCAGUGCCUCAUUGAUGGUUUGCGUCUCUAGGCCAGGCUUCCUCAAACUUGGCUCUCCAGAUGUUUUGAGACUAUAGUUCCCAUCAUCCCUGACCACUGGUCCUGCUAGCUAGGGAUCAUGGGAGUUGUAGGCCAAAAACAUCUGGAUGGCCGAGUUUGAGGAAGCCUGCUCUAGGCCAUCUUAGAAGAGAGAUUUGUAUUCAGUAUCCUGGUAGAAAACAAAAUAUAAAAUGUAGAAUCUUUUUAUUAUGGCAUUUGGUUACUGGUACAGUGGUGCCCCGCAAGACGAAUGCCUCGCAAGAUGAAAAACUCGCUAGACGAAAGAGUUUUCCGUUUUUUGAGUCGUUCCACAAGACGAAUUUCCCUAUGGGCUUGCUUCGCAAGACGAAACGUCUUGCGAGUUCUUGCGAGUUUGUUUCCUUUUUCUUAAAGCCGCUAAGCCGCUAAUAGCCGUGCUUCGCAAGACGAAAAAACCGCAAGACGAAGAGACUCGCGGAACAGAUUAAUUUCGUCUUGCGAGGCACCACUGUAUUGGAUAACUACUUAAAGCUGUAACAUUAACAGCAGAGCAGUCACAGCCUUUAAAAACUCUUGUCUGGCAGAACGUAAAUGGGGAGCUAUUCAAUUGGGAUAUACAGAUUACAAUUUAAUGAGCCUGUCCUUGAAGUUCUGCUGUUGUUGGAAACUGACUAAACUGGUAUAGGAACGGCUAAGGGAGCUGGGCAUGUUUAGCCUGGAGAAGAGGAGGUUAAGGGGUGAUAUGAUAGCCAUGUUCAAAGAUAUAAAAGGAUGUCACAUAGAGGAGGGAGAAAGGUUGUUUUCUGCUGCUCCAGAGAAGCGGACAUGGAGCAAUGGAUCCAAACUACAAGAAAGAAGAUUCCACCUAAACAUUAGGAAGAACUUCCUGACAGUAAGAGCUGUUCGACAGUGGAAUUUGCUGCCAAGGAGUGUGGUGGAGUCUCCUUCUUUGGAGGUCUUUAAGCAGAGGCUUGAUAACCAUAUGUCAGGAGUGCUCUGAUGGUGUUUCCUGCUUGGCCGGGGGUUGGACUCGAUGGCCCUUGUGGUCUCUUCCAACUCUAUGAUUCUAUGAUUCUAUGGUAUGAUCCGCAUAGCUUGAAAGCAUUGCCUUGCACAGUUCCAUUGGGAAUAAGGCAUCUACUUGGUAAAAUCCUUAUGUGAUGGGAUUACCUAGUCAUUUCCGCUUCUGCCUCUCAUGAAAAGCCAGUCUUUCUUCAAUGACUGCAUUAAAGACAAAAGUGAUGUUUAGGUUGGAAACCACAGGGCAGCUGUUAAAUAAAGCAAAGAGAAUGUUAUGUUCUGAAGAAAUAUACUGUCUUUUAAAAUGGAAAUAUUUAUGCUUAAAAUAAUUUUUAAACUCCUUUCAGCUAUGUUAGCCUCCAGAAUUUUAGGAGUGCCUUUAUUGAUCACAUGCCUUCUUAAUUACUCAGUGAGGGACAUUUAUAUUGUGAAAACUCUCUAAGCCUUCUCUUACGGGAUUUUCACCAUAUUUUCAGUUGUUUUGUGCAGUAAGAUGGCAAAGUAGCCCUGGCAUCAAACAAAUCUUCCCAUAGCCACAUACUAGGUCAGAUGCCUCACUUCUUGAAUACCUGGUUUUAUUUUGCUUAAGGUGGCUGACAUGCAAGUGAGACAUCCAUUGAAAAGCUACCACAUGAUUAAGAAAACAGUUUUGAAUGGGGAAAGGGGAAGGGAGGACAAAAUAGGGGAUAAAUUAUGAAGUGGUAUGUAUAAAUAAUAGAAGUAGCUCAAGCCUCAAAUUAAAGAUGUCUGUUCUUUGAGUUUGAAUGCCUUAAUACAAAAGCCUUUAAAACAUGUACAUGCCUUCGAAAAUUGAUCUGAUCAAAAGGGUAUAAAGCUGAUACUUUCGUUUAUUGUCUCGUUUUAAAUGCAAUCCUUUUUAGGCUUGCAGUGGAAAUUGCAUAAAUAGCAUUGUAGAAGAAAUGCAAAAUGUCUCCUAGUCUACAAGGACUGUGAUCAUGCAAUGUUAAUUAUGUAACUAAAAUAUUCACGCUUAGUGGCAGCCUUUUUGAAACUUGCAUUUCCACCAAAUUCCUCUACUUGAAAAUGUGGCCAGCUAGCAGUAGCCAGCCCUGCACUUGUAUCUGCUGCCUAAAACCUUUUGACACGUAUGAGUGCUGAUAUUCUCAGAACAAUGGGUAACAAGCCAGUUAUGUGGUCUAACUUACAGACUACAGUGAUUAAGUGGUAUACAAAUGGUCAAAAUAUGGAGUAAAAAUACCUUAACUGGGUGCAAGAAGAAUUAAAGGAAGUGAGCAGCCCCUUAAAAAUGGCCCUUCCUCCUAAACGUUAUGUUCUUUGGCGAUGCUCCCAUGUACUGAUAGCCUUCUCAGGAAAGUAUCUGACUUGCUUUGGCUUUUCAAGAAAGGAACUCUGGCGACAGGUUGGUUUUUUUUAGCACCCUCAUAGAUAAAACAGAUGUGUAAGGUUUUAAAAUCCCAGCCUGUGUUAAACUGUUAAUUUGAAGGUUUCUUCUCCUUUAAGCAGACUCUCUAAUAAAAGAUCUGAACUUUCCCACCUGAAGCAAAAUCUGCUCCAUUGGCCAUUGCAUUAAAUUAUCCUCUUGAGAGUGAAUAUUGCUGCAGUUAUGGUUUUGUCAUGUGAAUUAUUGCUAAAAAAAUUAACGCCAAGUGACCUGAAAAGUGUUGCUGCUUGAUGAGGUGUACUGUUGCUCAAAAGCAUAUGGUUCUCCCCCUUCCCCACUUAGUCAUGUGGAAAUUGGCUCCUUUCAGACAUCACACUGGAUUGUGGUACAUGUACUUCUCAUAGGCUUGAACUCAAAUAAUAGUUUUGAAAUUUACAACAAGCAAACCAUCUGCAGCUGUUGUCUGCUGUCAUUUUUUACUGUUAUUAAAUAUGAGUUCAGGCAUGAUUAACCACACUAAUUCUCCAAUCUGAAACAGUAAUAAUAAGGACAAACUUUCUGGCUAUAGGUAGAGAGCAGGAGGUCCAGAUUUAGUUUUUGCUAUAUUGUACCAUCGAACAAAUAAAAGAAAAACCUAGGGGCUUAAACCCCUCCUCCCCAAAUUGAGGUGUGAUUUGCUGCUGGGAGAAGCAAAAAUUCUGUUCUAGGCAUGCUUAAGUUUUUAUGAUGUCCCUUUGUCUUAUCAAUAGUAACUCAAGGACCUUUGAACAUUCCAAAGGUUGCCCUAAUUAGGCAUUUACAUUGGCUUCCAAUACAGACACAUGUCAACCAUCCAAUUAAAGCCCUGCGUUUCGCAUUAAGUGUGGCAUGAUGGUUGCUGGAACUAAAACAGGUGACUUAGUAGCAUCAUAUAGCUGUUUGUAUUUGGCUAGCCAAGACUGUGUUUGCCUGUUUUUGGCACAUAAUAUUUCUGUUGCACUUCAUAUAUAAAACACUGAUUUCUCUCCAUGUUUGGCUUCCUUGGAGUAACUGAAGUUAAUGAAUGAAAGGGUUUGAAAUUCAUGCUAACUAAAACAUAACAAACAAACCUUUAUUAAGAUAAUAACAAUGGUCUUAGUGUCAGAGCACUGUGGUAUACACUACAAAACUAGAAGAUGUUUCUGAAGAUGUUGAAACCCCAGUAUCUGCCACUUAUCUGCUUACCCUUGGACAGGUACUGUUUGGUCCCUCUACAAGCAGCCAAGAUGAAGCAACACCUGCCCCUCUGUCUCCCGUUUUUCCUUCCUCCAGUGCUUCAGCACUGUCCUGGGUGUCUGUCCCAGCCCUUUAGCGCUCAGCCCAGUGGCCAGCAUAGUCCUGUGUUUCUUUUCUUGGCAGUUCUGUGACAAUUAAAUGUGACUUGCCCACAUCUGAUUUUAAAGACCCAGUAGCCCCUUAAGUCCAGAAAACGUUGGUAGCAGAUGGAGAUAAAGAGUAGCUGAUUUUCAGUGAUUCUGGAUCUCUUACUUGCACUUAAUGAUAGAUAGAUAGAUAUUGCAUAUUUCACUGCAGAAUCUAAUUGGAAUUGCUUUCUUUCUGCCAUGUGGAUGUUCACAAGACACGCUUCUUAGCAAGAUGCCUGCGCUCGCAUGUGCACACACACCGGCAACCUAUAUCAGUUGCUACUUUCUGGAGCCAAGUGUUACCCGGCUUCCUUCCUUCCUUCCUUCCUUCCUUCCUUCCUUCCUUCCUUCCUUUGGCAGUCUUCCUUCCUUCCUUCCUUCCUUCCUUCCUUCCUUCCUUCCUUCCUUUGGCAGUCUUCCUUCCUUCCUUCCUUCCUUCGGCAGUGGUGGAGAUCCAUGGGGCAAACCUAGCUGCCUUUUCGGAAAGUUCUUUGCUUCCCUAGGGUCUCUUGCUCAAGGUCCUCCACAGCCCAAGGGAUUGCACACCACAAUGUAAUCUUCUAAAGGUUGCUUAUAAUGACAAGAAGUUUAGGGAGAGAGAUUACACUGAGUAAUCUUACAAAUGUCAACCAAAAGUUGGAUCUCAGAUUUAACUGUUGCUUUGCUAGGGUUGAAAUGUAUCCUGAAAUCUGCCCACCCUGCAUAAUUUAAAAACCUUUAAAAUUUGUAUUUCAAGCUGUAAAAAUGCCUCUUGCUUGGUAUUUACAAGAAUAUUGUAAAGGGAAUCUCCUGAAAGGAAUCCGGCUUGGUUUGGUUUUUCUGGUCAGUUUCUAUUAUUUUGAUGUAUUUUCUUUUUUAAAGGAGGACAGUUAAUCUUGGUUGCUUAACUUUCUGUAUCCCAAUUUCAGACAGACAACAUUUUUUUAAAGUUAACAUCAAUGUCCAGACUUGAGCAUGGGGAUGAGCCCCCUGUUGAUAUUUUUUCCAGAGAGCUACACAUUUGUCCCUAAAUGUUGGGGUGGGAAUGCCAUUGCUUAUGUACUUGAUUGCAUCUUAGGUGUGGAUUGCUGCUGAAAUAGUGCUUAAGGAUGCAAUGGCAGGUGCAGCUCAGAGGGGUUCUGAAGCCUUUGUGUCUGGCAUUUGUUGUCUGUAAUUGCUGAUUAGCUCUUCCUCUUAUCUUUGGGGAAAAGAUAAUAGAUGUAAUCUUCAGGCUGUGGAAAAAAACAUGCACCCUCAAAUAUCUUGCCACUUGAAAGAGCUUAUCAUAUUGUUAAUAGUCUGUUUUCAGGGGGCAGGAGUGACUUACCUUACCUAUGAUAUUAAAAAGGUUUAGAAAUACUUCCUUUUCCAUGCUACUAGCGCCUGCUGCUGUGUGUUUCUGUGAUCUGACUACUCUUGCACUAAAAUCUCAAGUGGUAUUACCAAUAAUGAGAUGUGAAAUUAAAUAAAAUUCAGUUUGAACUGUUUAUCGCUUUCCAAGUGCUUCAAAUAUAACAAGCACUGUAUGGAGAUUAGAGAACAGGACUGUAAAUCUUCAGGCAAAGAUUAUCUGAUAUUAUUUUUAUUUGAUUUUUGAAAAGCAUAGUACAAAAAAAACCCAUCAACUUGACAAAGAACUGCAACAAAUGUCUGAGGUAUAAUCUCUCAAAUAAUAGCAGCAUCAAGAGGAAAAGGAAAAAAGCACUUUGAAAAAAAGAUAUACAUAUUGACACUGAGCAGAAUAGCAAGCCUAUCUAACAUCUCCAGAUAAGAUUUUUCCCCACCCAAAAAGCUAGUUGUGCUCCUUGGGGUCUGCUCUGGGUUUAUAUUUUAAAGUUACUUAAUAUAAGCAGUAUUACUGAUCUGACAAAGUACUCUACAUUUCUAGCGUAGCUGGCAGUCCCUGCAGCCUCUCCUUCUCUGACCAAUGGAUGCAAGGACAGCUGUGAUUAUAUUUCUUGGAGGCAGGGGAUGCAACCUCCCAGGAGCCUUUUGUCAAUAUAUUUUAUCUUGCCAUCUGCUAAUACUUAGAACUUAAUUAAUAUGCCCUGGUUGCAUCCAAAUUGGACUACUGUUGCCUUCCCCUAGUGCUUCCAGAUGUUUUGGACUACAACUCAUCCCACAGUCCCGCAGCCAGGAUUUUUGUUAGGGGGGCAGACAUUUUGUUGGGGGGGCAGAACCUCAGUUUGCUAUAUAUUUUAAUUGAUUUGUGGGGGGCAGCUGCCCCUCCCUUGGCUACACCCAUGGUCCUGUUGUAGAUGCUCUAUAUGUCUUUAAUAAUAUCUUUAAUAAUGAUUUUAACUAAUUGACCUGGAAUGGACAUUGAGCUAAUUGGCUUGUUAUUUCCUGAACUCCCCACCCACACCCCACAAUCCCUUUUUUGAAAAAACGCUGUUACAAACUUUCCUUCUAUCAUUUUUUUGGGGGGGGGUUGUUGUUUCUUUAAAAAAAAGAUCAUUGAGAUAUAAACUAUGGAUUGUGAAAAAGAUGUGCAAAUUAAGCAGCUUUUAAUAUUUCAAUAAGUAUGUUUGUUGCCCUUAAAUUUUAUACACAGGGCAGUUUACUAAAAGAAGGAAAUAUGAAACCUAAAAAUACAAUUGAGUGCAUAAUUUUGAAAUACAGAUAAUUUGGGGAGGGACCUUUCCCCAGUGGGACGCAAGGUUUUUGACACUUUUGGGUGCAGAAUACAUGCAGUCCUAGCUAGGAUAAUAGAUGAAAAUUCCAAAAGAUCACAACACAGUACAAGAAUCUCUAAAACUCAACACCGCAUCUUCUCCCAAUCAUCUUUUCUCUAAACGUGUGAUCUGAGUACUACUUGCUUGACAUCUGGCUCUUGUAGAGGUGAUAAACUUGCUGCUUUUCUUAAGCUAGGAGAGUACUCUUAGGAAUGCGCCAGCAGCCAGCAAGUAGGCAUGAAAAAUCUUGUUUACUUUAGAUAUUGCCUGUCAGACUGACUGGAACUAAGCCCUCCAGUUUGCACUUGGAGGCAGGCAAAUUGUGAUGGGAGAAUAGGAUCUGUUGCCUCUCCAGGCUUAUCUGCAGGUGGAGCCUACUUUUUUUUUGUAAGCUCUCCACUGUACAGAAGACUGCAUAGGUUGCUGAUGUAAAUUCAGAGACCAAAGAUUUCAGUAUUACUUUGAAAUCCAUCUGUAUAUGUUUGCAUUGAAAAUGUGCACAAGUUAUUCCCAGAUAAAGACAGGAAGGAAAUUUUCACAAGGCUAGACAAUAGAUUUUAAAACAUUGGUUUCUUCCAUUUGGAAUAUGGAGAAUAUGGGUUAGGCUAUUUCAUUAGCAGUGUAAAAAAAAGAAAGAAAAAUAAGCAUUUCACCACGGCCUGGCAGCCUGGGCUCAUCAUGCUUUGGGUCUAGAAACUGAGGAUAAGAAUAUGCUUAUAGGAGCAGGUUCUGUUCUCAGUGCCUCCCGCUGAAAUUCAGUGGAACUAAGUAAAUGGGAUAUAGUAUCAGAGUUGAACUAGAGCCUCUUGUCCCAGCCACCAGGUGUUUUUAAACUUGGCCUAACAAACAUCCCUUUCCUCCUUCCAUAUAAAUGAUUUGUAUCAUUUGCUUCUAUGGAGGAAGGGGGAACAGGAGUAAGACUCUGCCUUGAACUCCCAAUGUACAGCCUUCACCAACAAGGACUUCAUGGUUGGGAAGUCCCUGUAGCAUACAAGCAUUCAUUCAGCAACUUCUUGCUUUCCAGACGACAUAAUAAACGAGCAUUUCCCCACUUUCUCUUGAGGAGAAGUGGAAGAGGCUAUGAAUCUAAUUGUGUGGGGUGUUGGAUCUUCUUCAGUGACGACAUCUGCAAAAUUCUGCAUGUAUUUUGCGUUUGGUGUGAUCUGGUUAUCAAGAGUCUACUUCCAUUACCCUUGAUAAUGUUGGUGUUGAUAUUUGUGUGCUGCUGAGAAUGGGGCUAAUUUAGGGUUGAUUCCCCACCCCACCCCCUCUUCCAGUGGAGCCAGAGUAUGUAGAAUUUUCUCUCUUCUGAGAAUGAUCUCCUGCUAGCUGGGUGUCAUUCCUCAUUAUUUCAUGCCAUUUCACUCUACUCUAGCUUCCAUUUCUGCUUCUUUUACACCAGACAGUCAUAAAUAUUCAUGCGGGCUUCCGUCAUCCCUUUAGUCUUGUAUACUUAGCUCAUGGCCUGUUACUACUACUUUUUUAAAGGGCUUUGUCUUAGCAUGCCAGUGGAGAGGGCUGCUUAGUGUACUAAUGCUUGAGACUCUUAGCUUUGCAGUUGAAAGCACCCGGGCCCCUUUGAGAGCUACAGACUCGCUUUGUGUUUGCAGGGGUUUUUUUUGGAAAUUUAGCCAUCAGUUGCUGCAUCUGGAUGAUGAUUCUAGAGAAUUUUAAACAUUCUUCCAUCUAACUGAAUUUUAUUGUGAGUUUCCAUAUUAUCUCACCCACUUUAUGUACAAGUCACAGUAUACUCUGUACUCUUAAAUAUUCAUUUCUUGCUGUGACUCUAGCAUGUCUCACCAUAUCUGUCUAAGCUGUUUAACUUACAAAAACAGGGGCAUGUACUAACUAGCAUGAAAUUUGGCCCCAACUUCCUACAAAUCCUCAAACAAUAUACUCCCAAGCCUCAGCAAAAUGCAGAACUAACAAUAUGGAUUCUAACACUAUAGCUAUCCAAAGAGGCACAAAACAAGGAUGCCCACUGUCUCCCUUCUUAUUUAUCCUGGCUCUGGAACCCUUAGCAAUCUGAAUCCAAGCAGCCACAGACAUCAAGGGAGUGGAAAUAAAAGGCAGAACCUAUAAAUUAGGGCUCUUUGCAAAAGUUACUGGUAGGCACGACGCCAUUGCAAAUGUGUUGAGUUCUCUGAUUAGAGAGGUUGCUGUGUUUAAGGGGUCUGGUGUUGUGACCAUUAGGUCAUCUGCAAAGUCAGAAGCUAUGUGCUUCAACACCCUCCUCACACCCAAAAAGAACUCACCAAUGUCACUAAGAUAAAACUUUGCCACACCAAGUUCAGAUACCUAGGAGUACAAAUAACCAGAAACCUCAAUAAAUUACCGUAUUUUUUGCUCUAUAACACGCACCCAACCAUAACAUGCACAUAGUUUUUAGAGGAGGAAAACAAGGGAAAAAAUAUUCUAAACGAAACAGUGGAUGUAUGAUUUUUGUGGUUUAUGCUGUGGCCACAGACAUGUGAUCUGACGGUGAGUUUGGGAUAGCCCAAUGCAAAAAUCCUGAGGAUCCAUGUGGAUCCAUGCUUUGUAACCACGUUUUUGCACCACUGUGGCCCCAGGCAACAGUGGGUGCGUGAUUUUUUUGGUGCAAGCUGUAGCCAUGGACAUGCUAUGUGAUCUGAUGGUGAAUUUGGGGUGAUCCAGUGCAAAAAUCCUGAGGAUCCAUGUGGAUCUGUGCUUUGUAACCACAUUUUAAGUGGGGAGGGAGUAUUUAAGUGGGGUAUGUGGAGAAGGAUGCUGCUAAUAAUGCAGAAGAGGGGUUUAAGGGGAGAAGGAACACGCGUGGGGUGGGUGGAGAAGGAUGCUGCUAGUAAUGCAGAAGAGGGGUAUAAGGGGAGAAGGCUCCUCUCCUCUCCCGCUUUGCUCCUUUAAAGCAAGCAGGCUCUGCUUCUCUCCCUCCUCCCCGGCUUAGCGAGCUGAAAAACUUUGCUGCUAUUUAGCGAGCUGAGUGGGGAGGAGAGAGGGACAGAGAGCAUGGUUGCUUUAAAGGAGCCAACCGGACAGGAGCCGCUUACACUCAUGUAAGUAGCUCCUCUCCUCUCCCGCUUUGCUCCUUUAAAGCAAGCAGGCUCUCUGUCCCUCUCUCCUCCCCACUCAGUGGCUCUUCUCCCGCUUUGCUGUUUCAAAGCGAGCCACGGAGGAGGGAAGGAAGGGGAACCAUGGAUCCUUUGCUCACGACUGCAGCAGAUCCCCCAGCCAUCCGUAGGCAUUCGCUCCAUAACACGCACAGACAUUUCCCCUUACUUUCUAGGAGGAAAAAAGUGAGUGUUAUGGAGCAAAAAAUACGGUAUACCUCCACAACUACAAGCCCCUGUGGCACCAAAUAAACAAAGACCUAAAAAGAUGGAACAACAUGAAUUUCACUCUCUCAGACAAAAUAGCCAUGAUCAAAAUGAUCACCCUCCCAAAACUAACCUACCUAUUCCAAACCCUCCCAGUCUGGAUUUCCCAAACCCAACUCCGCAGAUGGCAGAGAAAACUACACUCCUUUAUCUUCUCUCACACAAAAAACCAAGAAUAAGCCCCAAAUACCUGCACCUCCCCACCUCAGAAGGAGGAUGGGGAGUCCCCAACAUAGAAACAUAUUACAUUGCCAACCAAAUACGCCAUAUAAUCCCAUAUAUACUAGAAGAUGAGACAAAAUAAUGGAUACACCUAGAGAAAGACACAAUUGAAAAUAUGCACCACAGCAUACCCUCUCCUCCCAAACAAACUAAGGAAAAUUCCCACAACACUUAACAGGUACACACAGACCACGCUCAAAACAUGGAAAACAGUAAUAGGCAAACUAUCCCCAACCCCAUCCCCACUAAUUCCCUUGGCGUACCACCCAUUAUUCCACCACGCAGCACAAAACCUCCAGAUUAAAACCUGGCAAACCAAAGGCUUAUAUCGCCUAAUAGACUUCUAUAAAAAUAACAAACCUUUGGCAACACAAGAAAUACAAGACAAACUAGAAGACACCCAAAUGCCCUGGUUAACACAUCACCAAUUACACGCCCUCUUAAACAAUCCAGUAGUAAAAUCAGUAGCAACUAGGCCCCUGACAACCUUUGAAAACCACCUCCUAACAACAAAGGGACAGGGUAGAGGGAUGGUACCCAUAAUAUACAAAAUACUACUCCAAAAUCCCACAAACUCCCUAGACGCUUGCGCAGAUGCGGGUUGCGAACGUGCAGCCAGCACGGAUCACGUUCGCAACCCGAGCGUCCACUGUUUACAUUCUCAGGAUGUCUGUCCAGUGCAACCCCACCCCCAAUUUCAGCACCAAGGAGAACUCCCAUUCUAUACAUUUGUGUGUGUUUUAAAAAAAAUAAUGACACACAAAUGCUGCGCCAAUGAUUACUUGAGAGAGAGUUGUAGAAGCUCAGAAGAUCAUCAGUGCUCAGAAAGCACGGUCUGAUGAAGUAAAAGAGGAGGGUAGGAGGCAAUGCUAACUGGUAUGUCCCUCAUUUGCAAGAAUGCCUCAGGUGGGGGUCAAGGAGUUGAUCAAGGGGGAAAUGCCUUUUUGAGUGGAACAGAAAGUGUGUCUCCAGUUUUAAUCUGGGAAAUUGCCCUUGGUGCCAUUUGAAGAAACAUUGGUGGGGAAUUCGGCAAUCAAUUGCAGGAUGCUAAUAGCUUUUCCUCUUCCUCUGCGUUAACAGUCCUGAGAACUAAAAUGUUUUUUAAAAAAAUAGGUAUCUACCUGCAGCCUAUGGGCUGCACAGGCACUUUCCUUACAUGUAGCCCUUCUCUAAAGCGCAGAGUCAUUAUGAAUCCAAAAUAAGAGAAUCUAAUGAAAUGUGAAGGGAUUGGAGAACUGAAAAGCAUUUGCAGCGACCCAACUUUGAGGAGCUUCAUCUUCUGGCUGAUAAAAAAAUAAUAAUUUACAGCUUUAUUUGUAGGCAGCAAAUUGCCUCACAGUGGGACUGUGAGGAAGUGAUUAAAAGGCCAAUUUUCAAAACCUUAAUGUAAAAUUGGCCAAAGCACCAGUUAAAGAGCAGAAAGAGCAAGACUAUUUGUGCAGAUAAAUUUCAUUUCCCCCCUCCUCAAGUUUUACUUUUGCUCUUUUCUCCCACUCCCUCAAAUUCCUGAUCUUGCUGCCCAGAGCAAUUAUGGCAAUGACUUGCAGUUACAACAAGGAUUCUUUUUCUACAGUGCUGAGGCAGUGUGCUGUUGGAUGGACAGUUACAGGAGCAGCAAAUAAAAGAGCAUGUUAAUUGGAACCACUGUAAAUUAGUCCCACUGUCAGGCAAUUUGCUGUCUACAAAUAAAGUUGGGAGAAACAAUAUGACAAAUACAGAAUUUUGACCAAUGUGGAAAGAGGUUAGUGUUUGUGUGCCCGAAAGGCAAGAGGAGACAAUGAACAGCAGUGGAACUGGCCUAGUCGGUAAUGAAAGAAGCAGAACAUGCAUUUCAGGCAGGUGAAUGUUAACCCAACCUCUCAUAAACACUUCUGUGCCUUUGGUGUCUCAUUUUGGUUCGAAUGUAGAAGAAUUCAGCAAGCCAGAAGAGAUGUUAAUGAGACUGGUGCUUAUCUCCUUGUUAUAUUCAUAUAUGUUUGCGGAACCAUGAAAGGUCCAACUAUGUGUUUUAAUGUUGCAACCUGCCCUGUAAGGUUCACUCUAAGGGUGGUGGUGGUUGUUAUUAUUCAUUAUUGUUACUCCCCAGUACUCUCCAGUACAUUUUAACACAGCAUGGUUAUGGACAGGGCUGUCAUUGUUUUGUAAAACUCGGUACUGUAUUGGCCCGAAAAUAAGCUGCACUGUUUUCCAAAUUCUGAUGGUGAAAAGUUGAAGUGUGGCUUUUAUUUGCAACCUUACCAGCUGGCAAAGUGGUGCGACUCUCCCCGCAGCCCGGGAGUGCAGGGCAACGGUGUGCCUCCCGCCCGCUGCUCCCAAGCCUCCCCAUAGCCAUCGGGGGGGGGGAGGCCACCGGCAAAGCGGCACAGCUCCCCCCCCCCCCAAAGCAUCCCGGGAGCACAGGGCAAUGGCACCCGUCCCAUCUGCAGCUCCCAAGCCUCCCCCAAGACACUGAAUUUUAAAGGUGCAGCUUAUUUGUGGGUGUGGCUUAUAUUCAUUUUUUUUUCUAAUAAUUUUUAUUGAAGUUUUGAACAACAAAGAAAGAAAAGAAAAACAUACACAAUACAUAUCUCAAAAAGAAGAUAACAAAAACACACACACAAAAAAAGAUUCAACAAUAAAGAACAAAAAACAUAACAAUUAAAAACAAUAUCUCUUUUCCAUUUCCGUUUUUUAAUUUACUUAUUUUCUGGACUUCCUCAUACCUCCUCUUUUGUAUUCCAAUCCAAAUUGUUUGUUCAGCAAUUUCUUUUCCACUUUUUUAAUCCCAAUCUUUAGCUUUAAUAAGAUAUUGAAAUAUAUAACUUCAACUUCUUUAAGCCUGAUCUUUGGUCUUAGUAUCAUAUAACGUUAAAAUUUUUCCUCUUAAUGUCAAAUUUCCAUUUCUUUAAACAACUUUAAUCCUAUCUUUAAUCUUAGUCUAUCAUUAACUUUAACCUGUACAGCUGGAAACCGCUUAUUUUCAGUCCAACAUCACUCUAACAUUCUUUAAUUUUGCAAUGUUUCUGAAGAUAGUCUUUAAAUUUCUUCCAAUCUUCCUCCAUCGACUCUUCUCCCUGGUCACGGAUUCUACCAGUCAUUUCCGCCAAUUCCAUAUAGUCCAUAAGUUUCAUCUGCCAUUCCUCCAGCGUGGGAAGUUCUUGUGUCUUCCAAUACUUUGCGAUGAGUAUUCUUGCUGCUGUUGUUGCAUACAUAAAGAAAGUUCUAUCCUUUUUUAACACCAUUUGGCCGACGGUGUGGCUUAUAUUCAUGCCAAUGCGGUAUCUCACUUUUGGACAGCAGGCUGAUCAAAUGAAUCAACUCAUAGUUGCUUAUUCUUAAUGUAACAGCGAACUUGAACACCAGUGAUUAGAAGCAGGUGAGCAGGUUACCAAGAAUCACUGGUGGGAAGUGCUGCAGUUCAAGCCCAUAUAUCACAAGCACGGCUGGAAGUCCUCUGUAAUAGAUUCGUGGGGCCUAGUAGUGAUUACUUAUUGGUGAGGAACAGCACUUUGUGCAUACAUAUGCAAAGAAACUCUUUUACCUGUGUUCCAGAGCAGAAGCCUGGUGUUGAGAACAGGUUGUAGCGCUAAUGGAUCAAAUUAAGCCCACAGAGAUGAUGAGCAGAGCUCUUGCCCAUGCUUUCUGAGUGGGCUCUCAUCAGCAGGCCCUGGCGAAUCAUAGGUAUUUGCUCAUUGUAGCUAGCGAGACAAGCAACUUGGAAGCUGCAAUGCAGGUCCCUUUGCAGUUGCACCCAGCGCUUGGCUGGCACCAGCCAAUUGAUUCAGGGAUCAAGAUUGAUUUGAGUGAUGAACCUAUUCGUACUUUACUUUGUUGGAAUGAGAACUGAAAAAGCAAAAUAUAGAGGUUCUUGCCCUUAUUUGAGUACAAAAUAGUAUGUAUUGUUUUGUGUUUGUUUUUAAUAUGCAGUGUGGGGAAUAGCUACUCGGGCUUUGGUUCAAUACCAGUUUAGCUCUUAGUGUGAUUUCAUGUUGGUGCAUCCUAUUGCCCUCUAAUUUUAUUUUAUUACUCUUUCAGUUUAAGGUUACUCAUUUUGUCUACUGAGGUUCUGUUUAAGGUGCCUAUUGCACUCAGCUUUGAACUUUUGGAAAGCUGUCAAUACAUUUUAAAAUAAAUUUUCAACUGUUCAAUCCAAUCAGAGGAGCUUCUAAAUGGAAACAGGGCAUGGCGGGGGGGGGGCGGGGAAGGUUCCCAGAAUACCUGUUGGCUCCUCCCAAUGGAAUGGAAUCAAAGCAGGAUUGCAUAUUUGCCUUUCCCCCAUCCAUGCAUCAAUUCCUUGCACAAAGCGUGCAGUUCAAACUCCUCAAUUAUGUAGUGGUAGCCAGGGAAAUAGUUGCAAGACUUGCAUUUUAGCUUUCAAACACCAGAGUCAUCAUUGGCAAAAAGAAUGCUUUCAAAUAGCUGAACUAAAGUUAUAGCAGUGUAGCCAUGUAGAUAAGUGCUAACCCUGAAAGCUUGCCUAUGUUCUGUCCUAGAGCUGUUUGAAGGGCAAUGCGACCAAAUUCCUUGCCAAGACAGGACCUUUCUUUUCCUCAAGCCACUGGCUAAUUGCCACAUUUCCUUACAUUUUAAUUUGACUGGUGUGCAGAAUUAUGAGAUGUCACCAUUUUGUGUGAACAUUUGCCUAAAAGCUCACCAUUGCACAUGCAAGCCACUGAACGACGACUGAGGCAGUAGACUCCCCUCCUGCUCUCCUAGCAGUACAUGAUGUUCCUGGCUGCUUGAAUCCAUGUGAGCAGCUGCUCUCACUAGAAAUAGCUGCUUUAGCUUUACUUGCUAGCUUUCAGAAAUAUACUCUUAAAUGUCUGAUAUUUAGACAUUGAACUUUCCACUCAGUACUUGAUGUGCUUAGCUGAUGUGAAAGAGCUGUUCCAUAGGCUAUCCUGUUGUGUAUGCAUUGGCUGCUGUGAGAUUUAGGCAGAGCUGGGAACCAGGUUUAAAUUUCCAUUCCGGGCUUAUCCACACUUACCUUACCAGGCAUGGUAUGCACUUUAAAGCUCUGUAUCCAGACACCCUCCUGCCCUCUUUUUGCUCUGGAGUUUUCCUGCAAAAACCCGCUCUUCAGAACUAUAUCGGAGCAAAUGGCAAACUGCAGAAAACCCAAAUUUGUUCCAAUUGAGCACUAAAGAGCUUUGAAGCCUACAUCUGCACCUGGAAAGAGCGGGGGAAACGUUGUGUAGAUAAGCCCUCAGCAUUAAAACUUGCUGGGUAUCCUCUAAUGAAAGUGGUUAGCACGAGACUUUUAGAAUUCUUCUUAGCCGAACCCACCCCAGAGUAUUUACUUGGUAGAAUGUAAUGUAAGCAGAAGAGAGUUCUUAAACAUGUAAACUCAGGCUAGCUGGGCAUUGUAUCCUUUCUACCACUGGUCGGUUUAUCCAGGCCCUGUGGCAGUUCAUUUCCUAGGGUAAAAUCCUAAAAGAAGCUCAGCAACUCAACUUCGGGGUUAAAUCCUAAAAAAAGAAAAAAGCUCAACAACUUUGGUCGGCCUUUUGGUCGGCCCUUCACUUCAUCAAAUCUGGCCCUCUUUGAAAAAAAGUUUGGACACCACUGCUUUCUACCUUUCUACUCUUGUUUCCCCCUCUGUCUAAUGAUUAGAUGGGGAAGUGGAAAAAUAUCUGCUUUUGCAAAGAUUAGCCUUCCACAAGCUGGGUUCUGGCCUGUGGAGUCUGAAGUACCUCCAUGCUCAGCCACUACUUUUUUGGACUCUCUUAAAUAUUCUGUAUGCUAGCUUUAUCUCCAGUAGUUAACAUACAUUAAUUUAGCUUAGUCCUUCGGGGUUUGUAAGAAAGGCUCUUUUUGAAAGAUACAUCUUUUUUUUAUUUAAAGCCUUUCUUUGAAUUUUCCUUGAAUCUUUUCUAAUUCCCAUUUCCCCUGGGAAAUAAAUUUUUCAUUAAAUUUCAUUAAAUAGAACUAAAACAAAGCCCUCGCAGUAGAUAACAGAGUAGCAGAAAUCAGUUAAGGUAGCAGGCUGAAUGGCUGUUUGAAACUAAGCACCAAUUGAGAAAGUUUAAUAAAAGUUUAAGUAUUUUAUGAAACCUGACCUGCGAACCCCCAAGAUUGUUGGCAGACCUCUAAAGUAAUACGAAAGAGCACUCAGAAUAGUGGUAGUAAAAUGAAGCUUGCUUUCCAUAACAAAUAGUUUCUUACAGAAUAAAAUACAGAAAUAGUUUCUUACAGAAUAAAACACACCUUAACUGCCUUCCAGCUUUUUGUUUGGCCAUGCUGAAAACACUCUCUGAUUUCAGCAACAGUAUUCACUAGAAUCCACAAUCUUGGCAUCCAUUAAGUUUUCAGGCGCUUUUGCUUUCAGAGAGCAUCUUAUUGUUUUUAUUUUACUUUAUUUUACUUUAUUUUAUUAUUAUUUGUACCCCACCCAUCUGAGUGGGUUGCCCCAGUCACUCUGGGUGGCUUCCAGAAUAUCCAGAAACAAGCACUAAAACCAUCCAGAUGUCUUCUAAAGGUUGUAUAGUUACUUAUCUCCUUGACAUCUGAUGGGAGGGCGUUCCACAGGUGGGUGCCACUACCAAGAAGACCCUCUGCCUGUUUCCCUGUAACCUCACUUCUCACAGUGUGGACUCAGGAUCACUCCCAGAAUUCCCUGCUGCAACAUACAUUGGUUUCAUGGCAGCUAUGCAAGGAUUCCUGCAUAUAUGAGUCCUUUUCUUACAUUGAUUCCCUGAUGGUAGGAUUUUGGAAAACCACUGAUCCAGCAAUUCCAGGCACUUAGGAGGCCACCUUUUCCCAGCUCCAUCUGGCUAUGCUGGUGAUCAGACCUGGAAAUUAUUGGUUGCAAGUCUGGCCUACUGUUGAUUACAAUCCCUAGGCACAGAAUGCCACUGCUGUAUUAGGUUACCUUAAUGAUAGCAUAUAACGAAUGUUGAAUAGUGUUCCUGUGUGCCCGUUGGGUGUGAGAGAUUGCAGGCAAAUGUAACUACAGUGGUACCUCUGGUUGUGAACGGGAUCCGUUCCGGAGGCCCGUUUGCAACCUGAAAAGAACGCAACCCGCAUCUGCGCACGCACGGGUUGCAAUUCGCCGCUUCUGCGCAUGCGCAUGACAACAUUUUGCAUGUCUGCGCGAGCGGCGAAACCCGGAAGUAACCCGUUCCAGUACUUCUGGGUUGCCACGGGACGCAACCUGAAAAUGCUCAACUUGAAGCAAACGUAACAUGAGGUAUGACUGUAUACAGGACUGCUAGUUAGUGCGUGAAGGGGUAGAGGAAAAUAGAGUUGAAUUGCUAGACAGACUCAGCUAGGUACAACCCUCUCCUUUGGGGAGGGAGGAAGUGAAGCCUUUCCACUUCCUUUCUCCCUCCCUCCUUCCCACACCAUGUAACCAAUGAAGGAUAGCAUGUGAAAGCUUAUUCCCAAACUUUGAGCACUGGUUUGGAACUAUAUUCUGUAUUUUCUACCCAAGGGUUUUCUGCCUGUACUACCCGUGUUGCUGCACAGAACAAUGCAUGACUGAUACCUUGAGUCUGCAAGUGAAACGUUUUAAACUUAGCAGUGUGUGGUCUGCUGAUUGCAAGAGAGCUAGAAGCUCAACGGCAUAAAAAGGUUUAGCAACCUGUAUUCCUAACACUUUAUAGUGCUGCUUAUUGUUAUGAGUUUAAUACUUUGCCAGUGGGGCUCUCUUUUUGCUAGCCCCAUAUUUUGAAUCCAAGCACCCCACCAAUUCUUUUGUUGUUCACCCACACACAUGGUCCACAGGGAUUCAUUUAUUGAAUUCCCUCCCACAGAAGGUGAGAUUGAAUGUAGCAUAGAUGGGCUGCUGGCCUGAUCCAGUACACUCCUCUUGGGUCCUGAUAGGCUAUAAUGCCCUUCUAAUGCAGGGAGAGUAAAUAUUAGUAACAGUUCAGAUUCCAUUACUUGUUUGCUCUACUGGCUGGUAUUCUCUUACAAAGGGUGGAGUGCUUUGAACACAGGAGUGUAUUGUGUCACCGAAUCCUCAAGUCCCAUUCCUCUGAAUACUGUACUCGAACUUUUGAGUGGGCGUUCUUGCAUUAUGUAAAUCUGUUCAUAUUAAGAACGGAGCCCACUGCUUCUCUUUAAUUACAGACACAGCAGGAAGCGGCUAUUGUUGAUUCUUAUAAUCUCUGGAAAGGUACUUCAUUGUGCUAUCACUUCAGCAAUCUUGCACAUUAACAGUCCUCACUGAAUUAAAAUGGUGAGAUCCCAGUACUUGAAGACAUUCAUAUGAAAGAGAUCCUUUUUGUCACCUUAUAGGGAAGUGUGUCCAAUAUGAGCCACACAAAUAGUCAUUAUGUAGGCUGAAAUGAAACUCGCAGAUCAAAAUCUUGGAAAACUUGGAUGAAAUGUACUUUAAAGGUUUUGCAAAUGAUAGUCUUUUAUAACAAUCCUAAUGUAAGAGCUUAUAAUUUAAGAUCUUGUUAUGUAUUUCCCCCUGUUGGAUGUACUGAGUAGAUAACAGUAUAUUUUGUCUGGUUUUAUGAUAUUUUAUAUUGUGCACACCUUGAGAUUUUAUGAGUGGGGCUGUAUAUAAAUACUUCUAUAGAAUAUGUCAAAGAUUGUCUCUCCCCCCCCCCCCGAAAAACGGCAUCUAAGAACCCUACGCCUUUGAGGUUCUAGGCAACCACAAGAUGGUAAAAAAAGAGUAAAGCUAGUAACUUUUUGUAGUCUCUUGCUCUGAUCUGGUGUUGCCUCCCCCACCUGAAGCAUCUUCACUCUCAAAUGCUAUCUGUACUGGACGAUUUUCCUCUUUGUGGGUUUGAUUAUAUGCCAAUCUUCUGCUACAACUUAAGUGUAACACCUGGAAUGCAUUUUUUGGAUGUGACUAAUACUCUCUCAAUUUUGUCUUCCAGUGGGGAAGACCUCUUUGAUCACCAGGUUCAUGUAUGACAGCUUUGACAACACCUACCAGGUAAGACAGUAUUUGUUUCAUGAUUUACAAAUGUCAACUUAUAUAAUGCAUAAUCCAGUGCGAGUUCCCAAUAAUAGAGACUUUCAUGUGAUUUUAACACUGUACAGCUGGGAGACAAUAGACCCCUUCUACUUGCUUUUAAAAAUAAUAUUAAUUUGUGCGCUGGGAGAUUGGUUUCCUUUUUCAAAGUGGGAGAAAAAAAUGGCCGUACAUUUUGUUUGAAUAACCAAAGCCACUUGGAAGCUUAGGGAGUCCCUGAUCUGCCAUGAGACAUCUUGUUAACAGCUUGACCCAGCUCAGACAUAAGAAUUUACCUAGAUCAUGCUGAUUUGCCUUAUAAAUCAGGAAAGGUAAAGGUAAAGGACCCCUGGAUGGUUAAGUCCAGUCAAAGGUGACUAUGGGGUGCAGGAUACACACAUAGCAAAUUCACAUGCCUACUAUCUAUGUGUGGGAUGCGAGUAGCACUGUGGGUUAAACCACAGAGCCUAGGGCUUGCCGAUCAGAAGGUCGGCGGUUUGGAUCCCCGCGACAGGGUGAACUCCCAUUACUCGGUCCCUUCUCCUGCCAACCUAGCAGUUCGAAAGCACAAAGUGCAAGUAGAUAAGUAGGUACCCCUCCGGCGGGAAGGUAAACAGUGUUUCCGUGCACUGCUCUGGUUCGCCAGAAGCGGCUUAGUCAUGCUGGCCACGGAAGCUGUAUGCUAGCUCCCUCGGCCAAUAAAGUGAGAUGAGCACCGCAACCCCAGAGUUGGCCACGACUGGACCUAAUGUUCAGGGGUCCCUUUAUGUUUACCUUUACUUUCUAUGUAGGGCUAGCUUGUGGUAUUCGGGCUUCGUACACUUGAUAUUGUUGGUUGUUCUUGGUGAGGAAAUACUCUCUGCAAACUGCAGUUGAGUGAAUCUAGCUUCUAGGAUGGAGCCCAGACAUCACUAAGAGAGCAAUUGCAUGCAUUGUAAGUAUUGGGCAGCAAGGUGCUCCUGAGAAUCCCAUCUCCAAAUACAUCUUAAGUCAUCAAGGAAACCCCACAUGCUGGGCUUAAGAAGUCCCUCUGCAUAUGGGCUGCUUGCUAAACACACUUUGGGGGUGCUUUCCCCCUAAUUUAAAAUAAUAUGUAAGGGUAGUUCUUAACAUACCGUAUUUUUCGUCCUAUAGGGCACACCGGCCCAUAGGACGCACCUCGGUUUUUUUGGGGGAAAUGAAUAAAAAAAAAUUAUUUCCCCCCCCCCCCCAGCCGCGGCUGCCACCCCAAGCCUUGCGCACACCUGCCCGAAGUACAGGGCGCCCUCCAGAGGGCGCCCCGUGCUUCGGGCUGCAGGCUGCCGCCCCAAGCCUCGGGCGCCCGGCGGCACCUCCUGCUGGGCACGCGAGGCUUGCGGACACCUGCCCGAAGCACGGGGCGCCCUCCGAAGGGCGCCCCAUGCUUCGGGCUGCAGGCUGCUGCCUGCGGGAACUCCCGCCGGGCUUGCAAGGCUUGCGGAUGUCUUCCUGAAGCCUGGAGAGCGAGAGGGGUCGGUGCGCACCGAUACCUCGGGCUCUCCAGGCUUCAGCGAAAGCCUGCAUUCGCCCCAUAGGACGCACACACAUUUCCCCUUCAUUUUUGGAGGGGGAAAAGUGCGUCCUAUGGGGCGAAAAAUACAGUAUUUCCUUCCAGUUACAAAUUAGUCUUUCCUGCAACGUGAGCAACACUUGACCUAAUGGCCAAAUAGAAAUUCCUGUUGGGUCAGCAGAUUUGGCAAAGCUUUCGUGGCACAGGACGACUUGGAUAUGCCUCAAGCCUCCCAGUGGAGCAAACAUCUUUUCCAUUUCCGGCCACUGUAAUUACAGAGCCGUUGAAGCAGUUCUUUUAUGUAAUCAUCUGUCUUUCUCAUGGUCCUCUUUCAGUCCUCUUUUUCUCUGUGGAACAUGUGCCCUAGAUUUUGGCUUGGAUCUUUGACCCUCAGCGCUUUAUAAUAAUAGGGCUAUCUCCAUGGAAAGGAAUCUUGGUAUAAUGAACGAACCAAUUGUAAAGUGAAUGACUAAAAGCUUGAAACUGCAAGGCAUCUCCGCUGGACAGACUCUACCCUGUAUUUCACUUUGCCUUGAUUUGCAUUGGGCGAGUAUAAUUUGGCCCUGAAUUGCAUCUGCCCAUCCUUCCAGCACCACCCUAGUUAUGUUUUCUGGUCUGAAUGGUUACAGAACAGUUCUAUUGGAUUUGUGUGCCCGUCCACCACUUGCUUUUCCUGUCUGCUAAUCUAGUGAAGCACUGUCUGUCUGGCCCCCCUCCCUUUAAUAGGGGUGGGGAAAGGAGAGAUUGAGACAGGCAGCAGUAUCUUUGGUAGCUGGGAAAAGGCAGCUCUGUCUGGGGGGGGCGUGGUAGGGAGAGAGCAGCAGUGUGAAAGGAGAGAAGCAUCUGCAGAACAGUUACUUGUAAGGCUUGCUUAACUGUCUUUGUCCCUCUGAUUCGAGUCUUAACAUUAGCUCAUGCCUGUGCAGCACAUGCUCAGAGAGUCCUGCAACCAUAAUUGCCAGCCCUGUGUGUUUUUCCUAUCUAAGGAGAGGGAAAACCACCUUUACCCAAGGGGGAGCUCCUGUUGUGUGCGCAUAAUGAAUUGCGCAAACUUCACCUGAAUUUGCAUAAUUUGUAAGAAACUUUCACUGCUACCAAAUACGAGAUGUUCAGAGAAUGCUUAGUGAAGAUGAAAUAUAGAAUAGGGCAGCCUCUAUGUCUAGCCAUAGUGGAGAAAAGCAAUCGGGGAGACGGUUCAGGAACUGUAUAGGCAGGAACUAAGGCCUUCCCUGUGGCUUCCAAGCCUUCACUACAUAAAUGAUUUUAAUAGCCAUAAGGGUUGAAAUGUGAAUGCUGUGAUUAUGAAUUUUAAAAACUAAGCCACUAGUAGGGAGAAUAGGUGGUUUGCAUUUCUGCACUUCUCAAAUGAGGGACGGGUUUAUUUUAUGUAUUUUUUAAUAUUGUUCUCUUCCUUCAAACAGGGUGGCUAUCAAUAUAAAAUUACCGAAAGCAAACAAUAUAGUAAUAAAACAAUAAUUAAACCAUGAAAUUACAGUGAAAUUUAUACAGAUCAGCAGCAACAGUCACUUACAGCCCUAGUAAUUUUGGGAGGUACCUCCUUCUAAGACCCAAAGGCCUGUAUAAAUAAAAAUGAAUUUAUCUUAUACCUGAAGACUUUUAAUCUGGGUGCUAAUCAAAUAUCUCAUGGGAGUGUUCUAUAAUUGGGGUGCUGCCACCAAGAAGAUGAUGAGGUGAGAAUUAUGUGGUUAAAAAAGGACAGGUGACUUGUCAGAAUUCAUGCAGGAAGCAAUCUUGUCCGUUUUGCUAUGUUGGUCCCAUAGAAUACUUGGAGUCUUAGAGCAAUAUAUGAUUUUAGGCCAAUCCCCAUGCCUUAGGAUAUUCAGUCAAGCAGAUGUUUGUCUCACCUUCUCUUCACCUUCCUGGAAAAAGAUCCCAGUUUCCCUGGCCAGCAUAUUAAUGGCUUAAAGGGCAAAAUUAUUUAAUGAGCUGUGUUCAAGAGACUAUUAAGAGGCAAUAGCCAUCUUCAGAUUUUAAGUGGCUAUCGCUUAGAUGAUGGCACAAAUUUGCUUUCUGUUGCUUCGGGUAGGAUCUAAACCAAUGGGUCCCAAUUACAAGAAAGGGGCUUUAGACAAAACUUGAGAAACUCUUGCUUAUGGUACGAGAUGUUCCAUGGCAGAGCAGACUGCCUCAUAAGUUGCAAACUCUUUCAGGGGGACAUCCAACCUCAACUUAAAACCUUAAGACUUGCCAUGCCUUGGAACUUAAGAUCUUAUUACAUGGAAAAGGGAACAGAUGGACAGAUGAUGUUAUUAACUGUGCAGAAAUGCCCCUUGCUUUGAUAGAUGUGAAAGUAAACUUGGAGUCCAGGAAAUGGUCACUGUUUCUUUUCAGUUUUCACUAGAGGCAGUUAGUCCUCAGUGGAUGCAAUAAAGGUCUGACCUCUAUAUCAGAAGCUGGGAUUGGGUGCUGUUCUUUCUUGUCUAGACCAGGUGGGAAAGGGCUUCUGUUUGUUGUUCUCCUUCAUUUUCCCCUUGGGAGAUUCUGCUAGCUUAGCUACUCCUUCCUGAUAAAAAGCUAUGUCUGAAAGGCUUCUCCCAAGCCUGGGGCUAUCUAGGGUUUGGUGGUGGAAAUAAGACAGCAAGCAAAUCAGUGUUGCUCAGCACCUAGACAGAAUAACCCUCAUACUGUUGUCAGUCACUAGAAAAAUUAAGAAGAUUGUAUUUUAAAUUUGCUGUGUGUGUGUAUGUGGUGCAUGUGCCUGCUAGCUGCUGUGCAGGACUUUAGCUGUUGCCUGCCAGUUAUUAUUAAUAAACCGCCUUCAGGAGAACAUCGGAACAGACUUGCAAAUCAGUGCAGCAUUUCCUACUGAGUGUCAGGAAAACUGAAGGAGAUGAAAUGGCACAUUUUGUAGAGGAGGCUUCUCAUAGCACGGAGAGCAAAAGGCUCCAUUUUUAAUUGCUAACAGUGUGCGCAGGUUUUUCCCAUGCUUGUAAAUAGUCUCAAAUUUUUAUAUAUGAAUCUCUGCAAACACACAUAUACUCCUUGUUGAAGACCAAAUUUUGCUGCUUUGGCAAGCAUAGAAAUGUCUAUUUGUCUAGAAAGCCGUGCGGGGCCAUAUCAUUUUGACCACCGUGUAUAUUUUUUGUGAAUCCCAUCCUUCAUUUGCUUAAUUCCAAAGAGAUACCACAUUUGGCAGAAUGGAAUGCUGCAGUGGUGUUUGGUGGAGACACAGGGAUAUAUUAAAGUCAUGAGAAAGGGCAGAUUAGCAGUCAGUCAUAUAAUGGGGAACCUAUGUGCCUGGGAUUCUGUUCAAAUCUUAAAGCAGACUUGUUGAGCAUACAAAAGAAAAACAGUUGCUAUAGCUAUAUUGACUACUCUUUGUUGGCUUGUCUUCUUCAGCAGCAGUCUUGGAGACGUAUCUGGGCAAAUAACGUAUCAGAGAUUCAUGAGAAUUGUCAUUUGGAGAGGUUGCUGAGAAUUCUGUUGGAUCCCUUGCAGAAGUAUAGUUCCCAGGCUUCUCUGGAAGAGGGUUUGACUUGUUAAAGUAGUUUAAAAGUUUGUGAUGUAGAUACACCCAUUUUGGAACAGGUGUUUGUUCAGCUGGAUUUGGCAAAUAGGUGGAGCUUUGGAUGUGUUUAGAACUUCCGUAAUGAAAUGCUGGAAAUGAAAUUAGCUGGAAAUGACCAGACUUUUAAGUGUGUUCAAGAAGCUUCCAUGGCCUAUCUGGAAAACCUAAAAUGGAAUGGCGUGAAUUAUUAGCACCCAAAGUUGCUAUGAAAGAAUGUGAAUCCUGUUGCAUUGGUCUCCCCGCCACCCACCCCUCCCAAGCUAAUUUUCAGUGGGGAAGAUACCUUUCCUUUCCUUUCCCAGAUAGGGUGUUGAGUAUAGUCCUCUGCACGAAAGUCAAUAUGGCUGAAAGAAACAUUGCCUGCUGCUCCUUUCUUUCCCCCCACCACCUUCCCUCUCUCAGGUCUAAAAUUACCUUCAUCAGUAUAGCUUUCCCAAAGCACUCCAGCUUUACCACCACAUGGUUUCCUUCACUUCUCCCUUGCUAGCUCUUAUUCUCCUAAAUACUCUGAGCAGGGGCCAGAUCACAUCCAUCUCCUGUAUGGCACAUAACACACUACUUGUGCUGUAACCUUUGAAAUGGUUUUUGUGGAGGCAGAAAAACAUAGGAGGAUCUUCACUUUUGGGGACACUCCCCUUUGGGAAAUCCUUUAUAACUCUUUGCCCUCCCUUGUUGCAUGUGCGUGUUUGAUCAUGCUUUUUAAAGGAAAGUUCAAGUCUUUUUCGAGCAGUUCCAAUGGAUCCUGCCAUUGGGUAAAUUUCAUGAUCCAUGGAUUAUUGUGAUUGCAUCCCUGUAGAUUAUUGCUGGCCGUUUACUUGAGAUCAGAAAUGAGUCCCCCCCCCCCCAUUGUUCAAUAUUGUAGGAAUAAGUGGCCUUGGAAUUGUGGCCAAUAUAUGAGGUAUUUUUGUCCUUUCCAAAUGGCAGGGUAGAUCUUUGGUUUUGGGGAACACGACCUAAGCAACCUAAGAAAAAGUAACGUAUUUGCUCACUGAUGAAAACUUUGUUUUGCAGGCAACUAUUGGCAUUGACUUCUUAUCAAAAACCAUGUACCUGGAAGAUCGCACAGUGAGUAAGACUUUUGUAGUAACUGGACUACUCUAGUCCAGGAAGCACAUUCGCAAUCUAAAUGGAACUUAGGUCCAAAUGCGAGAGCAGCCUCGCGUUCCAACCAUGUCUGUAUUGGGUCAUGGCUGGAGAUGCUACCUCUGUCCCUGUCAGUGCAAACUCUUCAGAGUGCCAUAUGUCAUGUCUACACUGGCUUGAAAAAUGUAUGGUUCAAUGUGCGUUUGGGGGCUUACAAUUAGAUCACACUGCUGUAGAACAGACUAUGUGAAAACACAAACCUAGAUCUCAGUGGAACACUUGUAGAUUUUAUGGGGCAUUUUUCUACAGAUUGGCUUUUUGUUUGCUUUGCAGAUAAACUCGUUUAAGCCAGCUAGCAAUUAACACAGUGAGCAAAAGCUGCCUUACUACCAUAAUUAGAGAUGCAGAAUAAGUAAGGUGGUUCUUCUUUAUUGGAUAGUCUGUUCUUGGGCUGAGACAGGGAGGGGGAACCUGUGACCUCCAGAUGUUGGACUCCAGUUCCCAUCAUUGGGUAGCAUGUCCAUGUCCAGGGAUGAUGGGAGUUGUAAUCCAGCAACAUCUGGAAGCCCCACAGCUUCCCCACUGCUGAGCCAGGAGGAUGCAGAUGUUUGCAUUUUCCAGGUCUGUCACUGAACAUAGUGGAAAAGUGGUCCUCUUCUCCCUACAUCUGUUUUUCUUUAUUUGCAAUAUCUGCUGCUCUUUCUUCAACCCAAGCAAUCAGAGCUGCUUGUAAGGAAUAACAUUUUAUUGUUCUUGUAUUAUUUAUUUCUUAAGCUUAUUGGUUGCUAUAUUCAAGAGCCUCAAAGCAUAAUAUCAAAACAUGAACUGUUAAAAAGCAGUUCCUUCACCCUCCUAACACAUCACAGACAGCCAUAAAAGAGAGGGGCUGGAUGCCUGAUUUAGAAGCUCAAAUUUGGCUGUCACAAAAGGAUGCUGUCCCUUUAAAAACACAAACACACACACACACACACACACAGCUUUCCAGUUUUUAAUUUUAUUGUACAUUGUUUUUAAUCCUUGCUACAACACUGAGGCAGCGGAUAUAUAUUGCCUUUUUAGUUAUCUCAUUAUAACCCAUCUUCUGUGAUGGAGCCAAAGAUGCUACAUUUUGUGCCUUCAAACCCAUGCCCCUUUCAAGUGGGAAACAGAAGGCAGAUACAACACAAGACGAGCUGAUUUGGGCUUCACAAGUUGGUUGGUUUAUAUCACUUAUUUCUUGUUCCUUCACCCAAAGGAUGCAGGAUGCUGUGCAUAAUAAAUAAUGCCAGACACAUAACUUAAUAACGAAGUUUGUUAAGCAGUACUUCGACCGGCACAAAAUUGCCUCUCACAUCUGAGAGUCAAACAGCAGUGAUACUCUCCCGGUACCCAAGGAUCCACGAGAACAAAAACGUUUUAACCAAAAAGCAGGGGAGCUUGCCUGCUCUCAGAUACUACAAAGUUAAAAGGCAACCCCACUGUUUGCCACCUCUUGGUUCCAUCUCUUAACAUGGCAGUUGCUUUCCCCCAGGCUGCUGUGUUAGGAAAUGUAUUGGCAGAGAUGAUGUUUAUGGAAUCUAAAUGGAAUUUACUUGUAGCACUAGACCAGCGUCCAGCAGUGUGGGUGCCCCCGAUGAUCCUAGGCUUCUCACUGCCCCAAGCCCCGAUGUGUCCUUUCUGGGGUAUUGUCAGAUCGCUUUAUGUGAAUGCCCGCCAUGAAUGCUGGUUUGUUUGUGUUUUGACACGCUCCUUUUAACCAAAAUGAUUCUCUCUACAUGGCCGCUGGCUGGCGAUUGGCUUUGCUGAUGAAACCCAUUUGAUCACUGCUCAGCUGAUUGUUGACAGCCACUGGUUCCUCAUGAAAGAUCCGAUUUGGUCUGAUCUUUCGGCCACCGUGCCCUUGGCACAAGAGAGGGUCCCUCUGCGGAGGGAAUGCUUCUAAACCUUCCCCUGCAAGCUGCAGCAAGACACCCACUUCUACUGCCUGUGAAGGAAAGCUGCAGAUUGGCGCUGCCCUCUGAUGAUUGGCAGCUGCGCAAUCUGUUCCCUGCCUGCCAGAAUGGGCGGGCCGCUGAAAAGUCCCGUCCUUCUGCUUCCGCUCGCAACCCUAAAGCGGUUCCUUCCAUGCAUGACUUUUAUAUCAUUUUUACUUCGCUUUUUUGUUCUUAAAAAAAAAAAAGCAAUCAAAAAUUGAUUCAUUUUUAGUGGCAGUUUGGCUUUUUUUUUUAAUUUUCUCCCAUCCCACAGAUCAGGUUGCAGCUGUGGGAUACUGCGGGUCAGGAACGUUUCCGUAGCCUCAUUCCCAGUUACAUCCGUGACUCUGCCGCUGCUGUAGUAGUUUACGAUAUCACAAGUAGGUAUAUUUUGCUCUGGCUUUGACUUUGUUUUUUUUCUUGCUUGUUUUGACUUGAUUUCCGUUAGGUACGGUUGCAAUUGUGGGACACAGCAGGUCAAGAGCGGUUCAGGAGCUUGAUUCCUAGCUACAUUCGUGACUCCACUGUUGCAGUUGUUGUUUAUGAUAUCACAAGUGAGUGGGGGGGAAAUUUCUGCAUUUCUGGUAUUCUCUGCUCUUCCUCCCUCUUUCUCUUUCUCUCUCACAUCUAUAUACACACACACAUCUUCAAGCCUAGCUGUGCAUGCCAUACCACCUUCACCUGCUUGUUCCUCAUUGUGGCAUGAAUAUUUUCUGGCUUGGAGCUUCAAGUGGGAGACUUUCUAUUGUUUUUCAAACGUCUUGUGUGUAGGGACCUGUUUUGAAUUGGAUUCACUUGAGCCGAACCUUGCAGCUAGCCGGAGCUUGCGCCUGCAAUAUGCAUUGAUGAAGUGUCUUUGAGCACGUGCAGAAAGCAUUUCCUCACUGCUGGCCACACAAAAUUAACGUGCACACUGGGGACUUCAAAGAGGAGCUCCUCCAGACUUCACAAGCGAGACCCCUGGCACUCCUGAUGUUCUAAAUUUUAAGCACUGUCUCCUAUACACAGCAUUAUACCUGCAAGAUUCUCUUCUUGAGUGGACCGUGGUACGUUUGCCCAAAGGUGUUCUAGGGUUUUCACCCUUGAAGCAAAACCUCUACCUCUUUUCUGUUCCAUUUUUCACUUCUCUUCCCCCACCCCACCCUGUGUGCCCAGAAUUCCUGAAAAGCAAGCUGACCUCAUCGCCAUCUUAGUUAUCUGCUGUUCUAUGGGUGUCACUGUCAUGUGUUUGGCUUCUGCAAACUGUAAUUCUCAAACUGAGCUUCUCCACUGGUCACCCGCUGAUUGCUUCUCCGCUUCUCCUAAUAGCUGGGGGUGAGCUCCCAGGAUUGUGACACACACCCCUCUCAUGUGCCACAUUUCUUUCUUUCCUAAUCAGUUUUGCUCUUUCAUUUCCAACCGAGGUAUGUACAUCUUUAAGAACUAUUUUUUAAAAAACCGAAAAAACCCCUUAUCUUCACAUGACAAAUGAAAAACACAAGCAAAGCAUUUUUUAAAUUAAAAAAACAAAAACGACUUAAGUUGCAAAAGAACCAAACUUUUUGCAGCUUCAUCUCAAAUCAUCCUGUGUGGAACAAACAGAUGGAAUCAGAAUUGUUGGCAUUCGAAGAUAAAAAAAGCAAAAUGUAUGUUAUUUAACCAGCCAGAGUUCUCUUGAAUGGCUACAACUAAAGUUCUUUGGGUUCUGAUUAUAGAAUCAUAAAAUUGUAGGGUUGGAAGGAAUCCUGAGGAUUAUCUAGUGCAAAGAUCAGCAAUUUUUUUCAGCAGGGGGCCGGUCCACUGUCCCUCAAGACCUUGUGCGGGGGGCAGACUAUAUUUUGAAGAAAAAAAAUGUGAACGAAUUCCUAUGCCCCACAAAUAACCCAGAGAUGCAUUUUAAAUAAAAGCACACCUUCUACUCAUGUAAAAACACCAGGCAGGCCCCACAAAUAACACAGAGAUGCAUUCUAAAUAAAAGGACACAUUCUACUCAUGUAAAAACACCAGGCAGGCCCCACAAAUAACACAGAGAUGCAUUCUAAAUAAAAGGACACAUUCUACUCAUGUAAAAACACGCUGAUUCCCAGACUGUCCACGGGCCGGAUUGAGAAGGCGAUUGGGCCGCAUCCAGUCCACAGGCCUUAGUUUGCCUACCCAUGAUCUAGUCCAGGGAUGUCCAACACAUCGAUCGUGAUCUACUGGUCAAUCCCUUCUGGCUCCGGCCCCUCUCCCUGCGCCAGCCUCUAUUGUUACAGAAGGGAAGCUGGAGUUUAGAAACGGGGGCUGCUGUCAUCUGGCUGGUGAUUGUAAAGUUAGUGGCUGCUUCUGUUCCCCCCUCCCUAUUUCCCCUCCCCCCAAAAAGCUCAACAACUUUGACCUGAACUCCUAAAAAAUGGGGGUAGAGCACUGCCAGAUUUUAAUUUUGAAAGUAGAUUGCAAUCUCUCUGGAGUUGGCCACCCCUGAUCUAGUUCAACCCCCUGCAAUGCAGGAAUAUGCAGUAGUCCCAUAUAGGAUCGAACCUGCAACCUUGGCAUUAUCAACACCACGCUCUAAAUCACCUGAGUCCAUCCAAGGCAUGCUUGGCUUGGAUGCUUAGAUAGGCACCCCCCCCCCAAAAAAAAAAACUUUAUUGAAAAUUUAAAAAACAAACACCUCAUGUUUGUUAAUUAUUUUUAAGGUAAGCCAACGCAAGAAAUUUCUUGGAAUGAAAUCUCCCCAUCUCCUCCUCUUCCAAGCCCCCAUUUCCAAGCCAUUUGUUUAGGUACGCUUCCUAACCCUCAAGAAGGGCUUUAGUGGGGGGGGGGGAAGCUAUUUCUUCCAUUAAUUUAUUUUAGGAUGCAAAGUGUUGUUCAGGCAAUCACUCCCCCUGCCCCAAACUCUUGAGCAUGCGUGCCAUUCCUUGCUCAAUAGUUGCUAUUUAAGUCCACGUCGGCUGAGUGAACUUCCUCUGUUUUUAAGUCUAGGGAAGCAGUCGGCCUCAGAUAACCCCGGGUGGAAAUAGGCCAAUGAAAUCUCUGCAGUGGAAGCAGUUUUAACACUUAGCGCCUCUCUUGCUCACAACUGGGGAAUGGGCUCAGUUCUCGUCAGAUGAAGAAUUGUUCAGGCUCUCUGCAGCUGAAACACCGAAAGGCUGGUGUUAUUUCUUCUCCCCCCCCCCCCGAAAGAAACAUGCAGACAACAAGCAUACAGAAAUAUUCCUGUUUUUGUUCUCUGCCCAGUUUAAUUUGUAUGAACUCCAUAGCUCAGCUAUUCUGGAGUAAUUUUCUCAACAAUGCAAAUUAACAAAUAAAGAAGUUGGCAGUACAAAUUCCUUUUUUUUAAAGCUGAGGUCCGUGACCGUUCUUUUAUCGGGGGCCCACAGACUGUGAACCAAGCAUGUAUUAAUGAAGGAGUAGGUCGCAGUUUAAGUAAGUAAUAGGAUAUGGUUUAUAGUCUCUGUGCAUCCAUAUGAAUGCCAGCCUGUCUUGUUACCUGCCCUGUUGGAUAGCCCAGGAGGCAGAGUGCUGCCCCAUUUUUAUCCACCUCAGCUAUGGCUACAUGCUAUUAUUUUUCUCCUAUUUGCUUUCUUAGCCUAUGUCCCAAGAAAGCUCCAUGUAAAUAGAUUUUAUUCAUUCUCUCUUAGGGUUAUCCAUCUCUGAACUGGGGCAGUGGGAAGAGCUACCAGGUCUUCCCUUCCCCCCUUUUUACAGAGGUUCACUGUAAUGCAGUUUGAAGCUCUUUUCUAGGAGAUAAUACAUGUUUUUCUGUCACUUCAGGCCCACUUCCACUGGAUGUGCUGAAAAUAUUACUUCUGCUACUACUACUACUAAUAAUUUACACACCCUUCUCCCUAAGGUCACAGGGAGAGGUACAACCAUUUUAAAUGCAGCACUGAAAACAAUUUAAAACAACUUACAAUCACAGAAAUAGUGUGGGACCCCAGGUGUCAAAGGUGAUGGCUAAGUGGUGAAUAUUCAGCAUUCACCAAAAACUUUAUAGUGAGGUUGCCAGAUGCACCCUUGUGGGAAUAGAUUUCCACGGCUUAGGGGCUGCUGCUGCUGCUGCUGCUGUUGCUGCUGCUGGGGAUGCCCGCUCACAGGCCACCUCCCUUCCCCCAGCUGUUGUGGGUGGCAGAACUACCAAAAGGGCCUCUUCUGCUGAGCCACACUUCCAAGAGGGUCUGUAGGGAAGGAAAAAGUCUUUGCAAUAUUUGGACCCGAGUCAUUUUGAGCUUUAAAUGCUCACAUGAGCACCCUGAACUGAGCCCAGAGACAAACUUGACAACCAGCGCAGUUCUUUUGAAAUGGGUAUUAUGUGAGAUCUAAACAGAACUCCAGCCAUUUUGAAACAAUUAAUGGCAUUUUGAAAAAAUAAGAAGUUUUGAAGUACAGUGGUGCCUCGCAAGACGAAAUUAAUUCGUUCUGCGAGUUUUUUCGUCUUGCGAAUUUUUCGUCUUGCGAAGCACGGUUUUAACGGUAUUAGUGGUUUUAAGAAAAAGGAAACAAACUCGCAAGACAUUUUCGUCUUGCGAAGCAAGCCCAUAGGGAAAUUCGUCUUGCAAAGCAACUCAAAAAACAAAAAACUCUUUCGUCUUGCGAGUUUUUCGUUUUGCGAGGCAUUCGUCUUGCGAGGUACCACUGUAGUCUUCAAGGCUAGCCCCAUGGAGAGCGCAUUGCAAUAAUCCAAUCUAGAAGUGUCUAGAGCAGUGGCUCUCAAACCUUUUUCUCCGGGACUCACUUUCAGAAUAGAAAUUUUCUCAUGCCAGGCCAUUUUUUAAAAAAUUGAUAAGAAAUACAUUGGAAAAGAAAAAGAAACAACCGCUAGCAGUGCUUGAGUUAUAACAUAGAACACACUUUGUAAUAUGAUCAUGGAACAUCCAGAACGUAUAAAACAACGCAGCUACAUAAGAACAUGAAUCACUCCCAAAAUAUAAUUAUAAACGAGCCUCUUUCAUAUGAAAGUAUGUAUACAAACGCAAUGAGAGGCGUGAGCUUGCCGUAUCACUUGAUGCUCUUGCUCUCAUUUUGAAAAGAUACCUAUCCACAUUCUGCAAAUAAAUAAAAAAAUAUUUUGAUGCUAUAUUAUACCAUGCUAAACUGAAAUGUUUAAAUUUCCCUUUGAUUGUCCUUGAACCUUCCAGCCACACUUUCCUUCCUGUCCUGCCACACCCUUAUACUUGAAGAGUUCAACUUAUCCCACAGUCUUAUUUGAGAGAUUGACUGAAUUGCAGCUUUCAGAUCAAUGAAAGCUGCGUAUAGCACACCACCUGGUUUCUUAACAUACUUAUCUAUAAAAUGGGCUAGUACAAAGCAGUGUUCUAUAGUGGAUCUGCCUUGUCUAAAUCCUGCUUGCUGUUCGGCAAGAAUAGCUUCAUCAGUUCUCCAAUCAACUAGCUUAUUGUGAAGAUGCUUUGCACAUAAUUUGCUAAUUACAGCUGGCAAACUAAUUGGUCUGUAACUAGCCGGAUCGGACGUAAGGCCCUUUUUGAAUAAAGAGAUGACUACCACUGUGGUCCAAACUUCAGGGAAUUACCCGGCCUGCCACAGCCUUUGAGAACCACUACUAGAGCAUGGAGUCCAGUGGCCAAGUCACUUCUGUCCCAAAGGGGGCAUAGCUGGCAAACCAACUGUAUCUGGACAAAGACCUGAUCCUCCAGUGUUGGAUCCAGGAGUUGCCCCCAAGCUGCAAACCUGCUCCCUAUAUGAGAGGGCGACCCUAUCCAGAACCCGUCAUCUCUGCACCACCCUGCCUGUAGUCGUUGACACACCAAAAUCUUAAUUAACCUCUGACACAGAUGACAACCUGGUGCAUCACACGCAGAUGCUUUGAGAGUGAUGGGAAUGUUGUAAGGUGACUUUCACCUGCUUGUUUACUUUUCCUUCCUAGAUGUAAACUCAUUCCAGCAAACCACAAAAUGGAUUGAUGACGUCAGAACGGAAAGAGGUAGCGACGUCAUCAUAAUGCUAGUAGGGAACAAAACAGAUCUAGCAGAUAAGAGGUAAGGCAGCUCAUUCCUUGCCGUUGUGGCCAAUCCGACCGGCUUUUAUAUUGAGAGAGUCUGUGCUGUGCGACAGUAUAGGGUGGUGUAUGAUUUGGCCCUUGGGCUGUAUGCAGCUCCACAGGUAUAGGGUUGUAAUUGGAGGCCUGAGGAGCUGAAGCCUGGAAAAUAUGGAAAUCAUAACGUCAGUGCAUCUUGAACUCAUAUGCUCAUUCCCCCACCCCACCCAGUAUUAGGAUGUUCAGAUGGUCAGUUUGCAAAAGGAGAAAAGUAAUGGAGCAGUAGAGAGGAUCUCAAGAAAAACAUAUGGUAUUAAGAGGUUACCGUAUUUUUCGCCCUAUAGGACGCACUGGCCCAUAGGACGCACCUCCUUUUGGGGGGGGGGAAUGAAUAAAAAAAAAUUAUUUCCCCCCCCCAGCUGCGGGGCUGGGGCAGGGGAAGCCCGAGCUUCCCCCGACCCCAGCCCCCAGAACAGGCUGCUAUCCUCAAGCCUUGCGAGCCCGGCGGCAACUCCUGCCGGGCUUGCAAGGCUUGCGGACGCCUGCGCGAAGCACGGGGCGCCCUGCUUCAGCGCGGUCCGGGCAGCAGGCUGCUUCCCGCAACCUAGGGAGCCCUGCGGGAACUCCCGCGGGCUCCCCAGGCUUGCUGAUAAGCUUCCUGAAGCCUGGAGAGCGAGAGGGGUCGGUGCGCACCGACCCCUCUCGCUCUCCAAGCUUCAGUGAAAGCCUGCAUUCGCCGCAUAGGACGCACACAGAUUUCCCCUUCAUUUUUAGAGGGGAAAAAGUGCAUCCUAUGGGGCGAAAAAUACGGUAACUGAUGAUGAUUCAUGUACCGCUUACAGCCAAAAAGAGGUGUGGGAUAUGAACUGACAGUUCCAAGGAGUGCUCUUGAAGAGGGCAAACCUCCUCCAGAGAGUUAGGAAGAUUCCUAGAGACAUGCUUCAUCUUUUCAGUCACCAAAAUGAGACCCAAAACUUCCUGCUCCCCUUAAAAUACAUUUGCUCUUUCUCCCUUGUUCUCUCAGAGUGGUCUGGUGUCACUCCCAGUCUUCCUCCAAACACCCACCUCUUCACUGAAGUUUUUGGCUUAGCCCACCAAGUCCUCAACCCUUCCUGAAAUAUGCAUCUCUUGUUAACUGUGUAAAAAUCUGCAAAAGUAUUAAAUCCUUGAGUUAUUGAGGGCACAGGGGGCUGUCUGCCUUGUUACUUUUUAAGUGCAUUGACAGUGCUAUAAAAAUGCAGGUCUUGCUUGUUCAUGUUAAUGUCUUGGACCACCUAGAAUGUGGAAGCUGGUAGCGGUUCUGUAAAUGCUUUUGGGGAUUGAGGCGGCUGCAGGAUGGGUGGGCAGUCAGUCAAGAUUUCAGGCGCCUGUAAUGUCAUCUUGGUCGACGUGUUCUCUCUUUCUCCAGGCAAGUAUCUAUUGAAGAAGGGGAGAGGAAAGCCAAAGAGCUGAAUGUAAUGUUUAUUGAAACUAGCGCAAAGGCAGGAUACAAUGUAAAACAGGUAAGUGGUGGGGAGGCAGCACCCCAAAUUUUGGGGAGUGGGGUAUAUUCUUGGAGUAAAGGAGUAAAGUCAUGUUUUUAGCUCGAAUAACUGCAGUCACAUUAGAAAACCUGAGAUCAGUUUGCAGAAGUUUCCCCGCUUUCAUCAGAAUGCUGUUUUGGAUUCAUUGGUUGUUGGAUUGCUUUGUCAAGUAGUCAGUCGUCCCACAGUAACACAGUCAAACAACUAUUUCCCCCAGUGUGCUCAACUAUGCCAGAGUUAGAUCCACCCAAAUUCUUGUAUGCUGAAAGAAUCUUAUGACCCGGCCCUUAGCAUAGACUAUUGGCUGGGGAUGGGGUGGGGUUAAGAGUGGCAGAUAAACUUAACAGGUAAAAUAAAACUGAAUACAGUGGUACCUUGGUUCUCAAACUUAAUCCGUCCCGGAAGUCCAUUCCAAAACCAAAGCGUUCCAAAACCAAGGUGCGCUUUCCCAUAGAAAGUAAUGCAAAUUGGAUGAAUCCAUUCCAGACUUUUAACAUGAAUUUUGCUAUCUAACGAGACCAUUGAUCCAUAAAAUGAAAGCAAUAAAAAAUGUACUGCAGUCACACAAUCAGUAGCUGAACUGGCUUACACACACACACACACACACACACACAGCCGCAGAAACAAAAAUGCAAAACAAAUAGCAAAAACAGACAGACCUCAGCGUAACACUCAAAAUGGAAGUGUAACACUCAAAACAGAUCAUGUUCGGCUUCUGAAAAAAGUUUGCAAACCGGAACACUUACUCCCGGGUUUGCAGUGUUUGGCUUCCAAGUUGCUUGAGUACCAAGGCGUUUGAGAACCAAGGUACCACUGUACAUAAUUCUUCUGGAGUUUUGGUAGGUAUAUGUGCUGGGCUGGGUGUGCUUGCAUGCCUUGUGUCCCCUUGGGAUGGAACCUGACUUCCCAAGGGUUUAUUGGUUCAAAGAUCUCACAGUUGCCAAGAAAGGGUUGCAAGCCUACCCCCUAUACCUGCUGCAAGUCUUGGGGAAACCUGAGUUGGGAGAUUCAUUGAAAAGCUGGGGAGGCAGGACCCUGGUUUUUUGGAUAUUGACAGAGGAUGGAACACUAAAUGAUGUCCAGGUUCAUGUUGAAAGAUGAGGCUGCACUUCUGUCCUGCUACAGUGGCAUUGCUUUGUGCUGCAUAGAAAUCCGUAGCCCUAGGAGACAAAUAAAAUAGGCACUAAACAUUAGGAAAGGAACAUUGGAGUGUGAAGACCGCGAAUUCCUUAUGCAGCUUUCUGGCUUUUUGUAACGUUUCCCUAAUUGGAUUUAUUCUUGCAUGCUCCGACUGGUAAAUCCACUUUGACUUGACUUGCUUGCCAAUUCCCUCUCUUUAGUUUGGUAAUUUUGGUGGACAACCUUGCUCAGGGCAUAAUUUUGUUCCCAGCUUAAAUAUAAAGAAGUGAUUACUGUAUUUUAAAACGCCUGUUGUCAGCAGCUGGAUUUAAAUGCAGUAAUCCAAUUGGUUUCUGUCAAGUGACUCUGUUUUUAGAAAAGACUUCCUAAAGAAAAAAGUAUGGUCUUUAAAUACUGCAAAGGGGAGCCCUCUAGCACAGUCAGCAGGAGAAAGGAGCUAGGGGUAAUAUAAUCACUUAAACACACCGCCAGGGCCUUGGAGUCCUUUGUUCAGGCAGGCAGCGGAAGCUGUGACGUUGGGAUGAGCAUAGGAAGAUGCAGACCAAGGUGUGUUCAGGCCUUUUCAGUAUUCCUCACCACCCUUUGAUUACUCAGUAUGAUUAACCAUGGUGAACAGAGGACCCACUGGUUUUCCCCAGAGCAAGAAUAAUCCCAUGAAAUGGAAUAUUGGGCCAAACCUCAGAGCGCAGAUUGAGAUGCCACAGGCCAUUAACCAGAGUAGAAGCUGCGCAUGGAAAGAGCUUGGGGGUGAAAGAUUUGGGAAUCCUAGUGGUGAGGUGGUUUGCUGCUUUCAAACAUUGUUCUUUUGAUGGCCUCUUUGAUGAGAGGUUGAAGCUUUCUCAUCUUGUUUUUUGAAAACAGAGAUUUGAAGGAUGGGUGUCGCCCAGGAAGCUCUGUGCUGGCCACCCCUGGUUAUGUGUGUCUGUAUUAGCACUGCCCUGAAAUGCCCAGUUACUUGCAUCCUGAGGACAUCUUGACCUUUAGAGCAACUUCCUGGUUAAACAAAAUUGUCUUGAAUUCACUGAUGAGCAGUUGCCCACCUCUCCCGUUGAGAAGGAGGUGCACUUAAGUUUCAUCAUGAUGGUAUGUGCUAGGCACCUCUUUUUGCCUGGAUGCAAAAAAGAUACCGUAUUUUCCCCUCCAUAAGAUGCACCUGAUCACAGGACGCACCUAGUUUUUAGAGGAAGAAAGCAAGAAAAAAAAAUAUUCUGAGCAGAGCGUGUAAGCAGCUCUUGCUUUUCUUGCUUUAAAGCAAGCAAAGUGAGAGCCACUUACAUGGCUUCUGUCCCGCUUUGUGCAGCUCUCACUUUGCUUGCCCAUCUCUCCUUCCGCCUCGCUGUAAAGCGUGGCGACGCCAGAGCAAGAAGAGGAGGAGGAGACACCGGGAAAGGUGCUUGGCUUGCUUUACUGCGAGUUGGGAGGAGGGAUGGGCAAGCAAAGUGAGAGCUGUUCAAAGCGGGACAGAAGCCGUGUAAGCGGCUCUCGCUUUGCUUGCUCCCGUCCGUCCCUCCUCCCGCCUCGCUGUGAAGCCAGCAGAGCAAGAGCUGCUGACACGCUCUGCGCAGCUCUCGCUUUAAAGCAAAAAAAGUUAGAGCUGCGCAGAGCGUGUCAGCGGCUCUUGCUCUGCUGGCUUCACAGCAAGUGACAGACGGGAGCCAUGGCUCUGGCUGCGGAGGCAUCCCUCAGCUUGCGACUGCAGUGGCAGCCAAGGGAUCCCUCUAUCGUCCAGUGCAUUCACUCCGUAAGACGCACAGACAUUUCCCCUUACUUUUUAGGAGGGAAAAAGUGUGUCUUACGGAGUGAACAAUACGGUAAGUUGUGGGGGAGAUAUGCAUGACUUUAUUUUGCCCUGUGCAGAAUCACAGGUCUGUGGCCUUGGGAGUCUUUGAGCACAGGACCCUUUCCCAGUGCAGCUGCACGUAUUGCAACAGAUGCCUCCCUCUUGAAUUGGUUUUUGUGUUUCUGAUUUACUCCUUCUGUUUUCUUCUGCCCCAACCCCCUCACCCUUUCUAGCUUUUCCGACGUGUGGCUGCUGCCUUGCCUGGGAUGGAAAGCACGCAGGACAAAAGCAGAGAAGACAGUAUCCUUUUCAGCCCAGCAUUUGCAGCCUGUGGAUUAAGAAGGAGAGUGGGUGUCGAGGUCCACGGGAUUGAAGAAAGCAUAGCCUUCUGAAUUGGGGAAUAGCAAGUACAAAAAGAGAGCUCUUCAAAAGAGACUCGAGGUGGGGAUUAUCAGAAGCUUGGGUUGAGCAUUUUAACUUGGAAUUGCAGUGCACAAUGUGCAGGUGUGCCCACUGAAAACGAUCCCUGCCAGGUAGCUGAAGCAACUGAGGUAAGCCCAAAGUCCGCCAAACCAGAGUUCACAAGUCAGUUUGCUUUGCAGGGAAAUUGCCACUUGACCUCAAACCCAGUGAUUGGGUCGACUAGGCCGUACGGUGUGAAGGAAAGUCCAUUAGUUCAGUUGUCAAUCACAGGUGGCUGUGGGGGAAAGUAUAAGAAAACCCGCUUCCUGGUCCCACUGAGACCCUGAUGAAGGUUGUUGGCAUCCGUCUGUCUCGAGAGACUAUGGAGUGGACUAUGGGGUUGAAGUCGAACUGGAGAAUCACAGCGUCUGCUGUGGCUGCAGAGACCAGUAAUUCGUAAUUGCUGAGUCCCAUGUUUUGGAUGCUUUGGUAGCAUAGAAGUGACCCUCCCCAGGAUGCAAGCCUGGGCAGUGUAUGUGGAGGUCCUGGGCUGCCCAGAUGACAAGACAUGCCCCCCCCCAUUGAGAUGGUCAAAGGAAAGCAGAUGCCAUCUUAGGGACUGCACUCUGGAUUUGUGUAGGAUUUACCCGAAGAUGUCCCACAAGGCAGCGAAUAUAGCUUUUUUUCUGACAAGGAUAGCAGAACAGAAAAGGCAUGAUAACCCUUCAUGAAUUUAUUCGCUCAAAAACCCUAGUGACGUUGUCGUUAUUGCCCAAUAGGUUAAUGUCAGACAUCAACUUUAGUGGACAGAGUUCAGUCUUCUAAAGUAAGGCGAGAUCAGAGUACACUUGUAACUGUGCCUCUUCUAGAAUGUAGGUAGCAGCGGAUUUCUGAAUGGACUAAGGAGAACUUUGGUCAGAGGCACUUUGCUUGCCAUUCCUCUGCCCUGGCUAUUGAUAGCCACUUUUAUCGCCUUCCAGCCCUUCCGAAUUGUUAGUUCUAGUCAUGGCUGUGUGAAUUGUUUGUUCUGAUCAGACUGAUAAAGGAGGCAUUUAUGACCUGGUGGGUUAACACGACAUGCAGUGCUGGAAGACAAAGGUUCAAAGGUCCUUGGCUUCUAUUGCCACAUGUGUGUCAUACUACCCACAGCAUACAAAGCUUUUUAGCUUGUUUUCCCCUUAAUUAGAUGUGUCCCCCCCUGCAAAAAGGCUGCAAAAAGCCUCCCAGGUCAAACUUACGAAGAUCAGUAAUAAUGUAGCUUCUGUCCUCAGGCUUAUACUCUAAAACACCCAACACAGAAGGACAAGAGGUUGGGGAGGAAGGAGAAAACAGAGCAAACCGGAAGGGUAGUUCUCAGUCACAGAGCACGCACACAUGCACAAUCACACUUCAGAGGGAUAUCCAGGUUUUCAGAACUUCAGGAGAUGGGUGAUGCUUCUUUCUGUGAAACCUCAAGGAAUCAACACUUACUGAAAAUCAACAGAAGCUUCAUUCCUCCUCAGUGAUGAUGGUUACAAGCAAAAGGAAAACCUUUUCAGACCCUGUGGCUUUCCCAAGCAGACUCCGCAACCAUCACAAACUUCACCAGGCAUUCCCAUUGUUUGGAAAUCAGUUGCCAGCACUCACUGUAGUUUAAAUUUCUAUACCACCCUUCAUCUGAGGAUCAUAGGGCAGCUUGCAGUAUUAUACAGUGGUACCUCGGUUUUCGAGCAUCUUGGAAGCCUAACGUUUCAGUUUUCGAUCACCGAAAACCUGGAAGCAAUAGUUUCUGUUUUUGAACGCGGCUUGGAAGUCAAACGGCUUCCGCUGCAUUUCUCCCCCCCCCCCAAUUUUCUCCAUUGUCUUUGUAGACUGCCCUUUGUGCCUCGGUUGUCGAACGUUUCAGAAGUCAAACGGUCUUCUGGAACGGAUUACGUUUGACAACCAAGGUACCACUGUAGUUGCAGGUGGAGCUGCAGAUUUCACCCAGUGGGGAAUUAAUGUUUCAUGCAGGAAGGGGUUGCAGGGAAUGCAAUGCCAGAGACUCUGGAAGGCCUUAUUCCAUAGGAGUGAGGGCUACCAAAAAGAGCACGCAAUCUGCAUAUGGAGAACUUUGAAGUGGGGGGUGAGCCACAUGUCCUUCCUGAAAGUUUGGGCAUUUAAUGAGACUUGAGGGGAGACGGUUUCAGCCUGGAAGGCUGUCUUCCUCUUUCUGCUCUUAUUUCCCUUAACUCCUUUCCCCCAACAGUGAUCGACAUCAAACUUGAAAAGCCUCAGGAGCAGCCAGUCAGUGAAGGCGGCUGUUCGUGCUAAUAUAGUGUAUUGCUUUUCUCUUACCUUUCUCCAGACCAUCACUGCUUCUUCCUCCCCCCCCCACCCCCUUUCCCCUCCCCAGACUCAUUGGCAGCAAUGUGACUAUUGGCUUGCCCACCCCCACCCCACCCCACCCCCCCAUCCGUAACGUAGCCGCGGUUCAUCAUUGCUGCUUGUCUCGUGAAGAUGAUCUGUUAGCUUCACAAGCACAAAAGAAAAGUCGGUGUCUUCGUUAUUUAUAAGGAAGUUUCAAAAACGAGCCAAAACGAUCCUAGCGUAUUUCAGUGAUUCUUUUGAAAACAGCAGUCCCGCCAGAAAGAUAGGUACAAAUUUGGUAAUAUUAUUAUUUUUUAAUGUUUCAAUAUUGCACUUACAGAAUUAGUGGAAAUGGGAGUAGAACGUUUGGAUUUGGUGAAAAGGGAGUGUGCAGGGUAAAAAUGCUUCGGCACCCAAGACAGGCGCUGUGGAGCAGUCCUCGGAUGUUCAGCCUGUUCUUUUGCAAAAAAAACCAAAACUAGCCUGCUUUGCCUUUUCGGUUGAGAUCCUCUGGCCAUUUCCCCCCCUAAACAGUAGCCUUUUUGAAAUGCUAAUAAGAUGCUUUUUGUAAAGGGGCAAAGUUGCAAGAUACUGUUCUCGGGGUUUAGAAACCGUUUGCUCUACAUAGGAGCCCCACAGAACAAAUGAACCCGUUUGCAGUGCACCUUUGGGGUUGCUGCACUAGGCUGGACUGUCUUCAGAAUGAGGAUGGGGGAGGCACAGAGGCUUCAAAUAGGUUCUGGCACUAUAGACAACUUGGUCAAGCUGUGAAUCUGUCUCUGAACAGAGACACCUACGCUGCCAACCAUUUAAAGAUCCAACAUAAAGUUAAUACAUAAUGAGGGAGAUGAGGAGACAGAGCAGAAGAGACUAUUCCUGAGUUGGAAAGGGAGGGGGGUACUUAUAAAAGUAGAUUUUAAAAGUCCCUUAGAUGAAAAAGGAAGGGAACAAAAGAUGGAAACAAAACUUAAAAUUAUGCAGACUUUUGCCUUCGUUUUUAGCAUUUUUUAUUAUUAUUUUGGGUCUUCGGAGUCUCGUGUAUUUGUUAUUCCUGCGUAGUUUGGUUAAAUAAUUGGUUGUUUAGUAUUACGUUUUAACUGGACUACAAUUAACCGUGGUAACCUUCAAUAUUUAUUUCUUUGCUUUUUUUUUUUACUGUCUUCAAGGGUAAUUUUUUUUGUGGGGGGGAGGAGGUGUUUGUUAAUCUAUUUAGAGCUUUGGCAACGUCACGAGAUAUAGCUAAUCCAAGAAACACACUGGGAAGUGGGGACACACAUUCACAUGCUCACUCUAGAAGCGCACUCUCUUAAUCUGUACUAGUCAUUGUGAAGUUGCUGUGUAAGUUAACACAACUGUAAAUACAUUGUUUGUGGGAGGAGCGUUUGCGGCUGGGGAAGGGUACAAUCCGGGAAAGGCCUCUGGAGUUUCCGUUUUUCUAAGUGAUCGUUUAAAAUAGGGGAGGAUGGGGAGAACUGGCUCUCCCUCUCUAUCUUCAAUGCCCCCCCUGACUUUAGGGGGGGAAGCCCCCUCCCCAAGCACCCCAGCUUCGGAUGUGCACACGCAAAGUCUCUCUGUUCCUGCAUUGUGGAAUUGGAAUGGCAAAUUCAUCACUUUGACCUGAGUUUCCAGUAACUUUGCAUAUACCAGCAAUGUCAUCGUAUGUUUCAAGGGCAGAACAAGACACCCAAAUGCUUUUAAUGCAAUAUUGAAGAGGUGGUUUAUCUUUCCUUUUUCUUUUUGGAAGUAGCAUGUCUGGAAUUCAAGCGUUUAAAUAAUGGCGACGACAGGUGGAUGUGUUCUUUUCCCCCCGAAAAGAAAAACGAAAGGGAAGGAAGGCCUGGCUACUUUUCCUGUAUUGUUGUAUUCUAUGUGUGCGAAGAGAAAAAAAAGAAAAAAACCCACAAAAAAAUUAAAAACAUGAUCCAUCUUGCUGCUUUUUAAUAUUGAGUUUUCCGUGGCUUGGGUUCUUAAAGCAAUGAAAAUGUGUACACGGGUUGGAUUUUUUUAAACAUGCACAGAAUUUUUUGCUUCCAAUAAAGUAUCUAAUCAAAACACUAAAAUCGACAG